AUGACCAUCAGACGCGUAGAUCAAGGGCAGCGUUACAGGCCAAGAAUGGCAUUCCUGAAAAAGGUAACUUGCUAUUAUUUUAAGAGUCUACCUGAGAAAUAGAUGAACUGGCUAGUGCAGGAACCCUGAACACAUCUGGGAAACAUCUGCCCUCUGACCAGAAUUGUAUAUCACAAAGAUUUUUGCAUGCAAACAAUAGGCAUGUUAUCCGGAUAAGGUGUGCUGUUUCUUACAGUUUUCAGAAUUAAUUAUUUUCCAAGGAGCCUAUGAUUCCAUUAGCGGAGUAUUUUAAAAAGAACCUUUGCUUGCUGUUUUCCCCAGCCCUUUUGCUACAGAGCAAAUAAAGACAAAAAUAUCCUUGUUUUCGGAGGUCACCGGAUGAAAGCAACCUGUUACAGUUUGUUUGCGAAUGGGAGCAGCAAUAGCUGCUUGAAAUAAAACUGAGCAGCUAUAAGCAUUUUGGAUAUAUCAUUAUUUUUUAUAUUAAAAAAUAGCUCUUAUUAUUUUACCUCAUUCAUAAGGCUACAAUUUCUUGCAUGGAGGGUAUUUUUUUUGCUUUGAUGGCCAUUAAUAUUUUAAUUUUGAGGGAUAAAAGCUCAUCACCCCGGGGUUUGCAGCCCUAAUUCAGCACUGAACUGUAACCCGGUUAAUUUCACGUCCCCCUCCAAGCGUUAUUCAUUGCUGAAGUUCUAUCCUAACCCCAUGUAGACCCAGAUGUUUUUAUGCUGAGGUUAUUAAUCUAGAGUAUCUACAACCCCCUGGUGCUGUACUCCCAGCCUUUCACAUAGAUUUGGAAUCCUAUUUAUUUAGAUAAUUUAUGACUGCUUAACAUUUUUAGGGGAAAAAACCCAACAACUCUAAGCAGCUAGCAGAUUGGUCUACAUCACAUAAUCCAUUAUCCAUUAUUUGAUUUUGGAGAAGAGAGCCAACCUCAUUUGCAUUCAUUUACCUCACUCAUAAACGUGCAGAGGAAAGGAUGAGAAAAACCCACCUUUUUUUCAUCAACCUUUUUUGGAGGUAAAUGACAGUACAAUCUUAACCAUAUCUGCUCGGAAGUAAGUCCUAUUGAAUUGGGUUUAGACUGCCGCCUAAGCCAUUUAUUUGAGUAAAUAUACUUGACAUAUUGAUGGUGUCUUUCCGCCCCCUCAAAAGACGCUGCAAGCUGUUUUCUCUGCCUGUUCAUGAUCUACUUUAAAGUGGGUGUAUAUAUGCCUUUAUAAUAGUUUAAGCCUUACAGACAGCAUGUUGACAAAUAACUGUGUUUGGGAUUAACUACCUCAUUCUUUCCCCCAAAGCAUCUAUAUAAAAGCAUUUUAUUAGCACCAAUAUGUGAAAAGAGUUUAAGCAGGCAAGGUAUUAGCCCAGCUUUUCUCCCCUGAACGUUCCUGCCUUUCUUGUCUGUGGCUUAUCCUGCUGAAUAGAAUUAGCUGACUUCCCAGUGAUAUGGACAACUGCCCAUUUCUGGUGUGUGUGUGUGUGUGUGUGUGAGAGAGAGAUUGUGUGCGCACACACUAUGGCACAACAUAGGAACACAUUCACAUCUAAGCUGUUUUAGCUGAGUAUCAAACAUAGGAGGCAGCGACAGGAUUACAAGCAAAAAAGAAAAGAGAUGAGAGGGAGUGUGAAUUUAUUUUGUGUCACAAUAUUUGUCAUAUAUCACCAGCACUUGUACUUUUCAUGCUCAAAGCGGGAUACCACAAUGUUUUCCUUUGGAACUGUUUGUUCCUAGAGCCUGUCAAGAUUUAUUUAAAAGAGCAAUUGGGCCAUGUUCUGUUUUGAUUUACAUUCUUGCAAAUUCCACAGAAGGCAAGGAGAUCAGCUCCGGAAGGAACAAAAGAUCAGUUUAGGAAUUACAUUUUCCUUAUAUUAAGACAGCUGGCGUAGUUCAGUCAGUAGAGCAUGAGAGCCCAAUGUUGGGCAAAGUAUUCCCGUAUUUCAGGGGGUUGGACUAGAUGACCCUUGUGGUCUCUUCCAACUCUAUAAAUUCCAUGAUUCUACCAGAAUAUGCCUGUACUUAAACCAAAACACACACGGAGAUCUUUUUCUUUCUUUUCCGCAGAUUAUAAUGAAUUAUCCUCAUAUUGUUCACUUAUCAUAAAGCACAAGAUGAAACUGGAUCCAGUUUAUAAAAAAUGCCCACAGGUGGUAAAGAUGGGAUAGUAGUGAUGAUGUCCGCAUAUUUGUCUCUUCAUCUUGCCUUCCUCUAAUAUUUAAAAAGAAGUUGCAGGGCUCACCCCUUUCCCUUUUGAGCCUUACUGCAACAACCUAAGUACAUUGUCUUCCGUUACUUGUUUCUAAAAUUUAAAAAGCAGUUCCCAUCGAUGCCUGUGGGAAGCUUUGAGGAAAACGGGGCCUCUUGCGAGAUGCUACUGCAUACUUCAUACCUGAGAAUUUGGUCUAAAACUCAAGACACCUGUGGCCACCACUCUGCUGAAGUUAAGCAGGUCUGGGCCUAGUCAGUACCUGGAUGGUACUGAGAACCAUGCUGCCUUGGGCCCCAUAAUGCAAUGAAGGUUAAAUUAUACUGCAGUGGUGUUGCCGAUCUUUGUCUACUCAGAAUAAGCCAGCCUCUUUCAGUUCAUUGGGGCUUACUCUCAGGUAAGCGGGCAUCAGAAGACUGCAGCUGCAAAUGAUUUCCCCAAACCAGUCAGUCUUGCGCUCCUCUUAAGUAGAGAGACAACAAGGGAUGGAUUGACAGGAUUUGUAGAUCGAUAUCUCAAUAACAAUAGAAAGAUGCCGAAAGCUCAAUGGGGGAGGGCUAUUGUGUGAGCCUUAUUAUAUAAUACAUUAUAUAGGGCAUCUGGCAACCUGGAACAAGGUGACACAAUGUAACAUAGGGCUGUUAUAUGUUCAGAAUUUCUCAGACGUAGUCAGGGUUUGUCCUUCGAAAAUGGCGUCCAGGCAGAAUUUUCUGAAAGUGGUUAAAACGUCUGGGAAAACCUGGGUAUAUGUUAGCACAUAUUGGAAGUGUUGAUUUUUUUGGCGAUUUCCCUAAAAAAUAGGUUAAAAACUUCAUUUUUUGUUGAGAUUUUUUGGGGGGGAGCACAACGAACAAACAAACCUCAACAACAUUUGUGUCCGGAUUUUCACUUUUUGAAAUACGGAAACCCUAUGUAGCAUAAAGAUACUGAGAGAGCAGUAAAAGCGGGUAAGGAAAGGCUUGGGACAUCUUUUGACACACCAAGCUGAAUGAGAGGUAAAGGACCCCUGGACAGUUAAGUCCAGUCAAAGGCAACUAUGGGGCUGCGGCUCUCAUCACUCUUUCGGGCCGAGGGAGCUGGCGUUUGUCCACAAACAGCUUUCCGGGUCAUGUGGCCAGCAUGACUAAACUGCUUCUGGUGCAAUGGGACACCAUGACGACUGCCAGAGUGCACGGAAAUGCCGUUUACCUUCCCACCGCGGUGGUACCUAUUUAUCUACUUGCACUGGCAUGCUUUCAAACUGUUAGGUUGGCAGGAGCUGGGACAGAGCAACGGGACCUCACCCCAUCGCAGGGAUUCGAACCACCGACCUUCUGAUCGGCAAGCCUCAGUGGUUUAGACCACAGCGCCACCCACAUCUGGGAGGUACUAAGGUAUGGCAACACUGAUGUUUUUGCUGCCUGCCCAUGACCACAAGGAUAAGACUGUUAAGUAUACAGUACCCUUAUUCCUUUAGUUAAGUUUUCAGUCAGAAACCUAUUUCAAGGCAUGCCUGCCGUGUUUCCUGCUGCUUCCCCUCAAGUUUCUUAUUCAGUGUUUAGCACAUCAGUAGAUCCAGGGCCUUGUUGGUACUGGCCCAUGGUCCUUCACAUCAGAGGGCACACGCACAGCCUCCCUCAUGCAGUUGUGCAAUAUUUGCUGGGGUCAUAGAGUUGCACCAGAUAGCUCCACUGCUUGCUAGCCUCAUCUUCGGGAUAGACAGAUCUGUUAAUUUUGGUUUGUCUCGCAGGUCUGCGCAAGGAGGUCAGCCUAGGAAGUUUGGAGGUUCCUCUGUCCUCUCACAUGCAGAUUCCACAGUGGGAGCUGAGUCGCACCCUGAUACUUUCAACAAUUUCCAUUAAUAUGUGUACUUUCGUCUUAUAUAUACAUUUUCAUACAAUUUAAUUUGUUUAAAGAACCACACCGCAAAAUUUGUAGAAGUGUGAAUUUCAAAAGACAGCCUUGUUUCAAUUUGCUAUAUUAUUUCAGGAAGUGCGAAUGAGGUAGGCUUGCGCUGAAACACAAACUGAAUUGAAUUGCUCCCCAUCCCUUCCUCGACUGUUAUGCAAACUAGCCCUUCUGGGCAUUGGUUGGCCUGCCAGCAUGGCUAGCAAUUUUUAAUAUAUUGGUACUCUUAAUAAGCAGCCACUUUCCUUCUCAGAUGAGGGAAAAGGCCUGCUGCGUUCUCAUCAGCAAAAGGCAUGGUUUGUGGCUGAGUCAGUACAGCAGCACCUAAUGAAAGCUUCCUACCCAAUCUCCCUUGUUCACUUUGAUAUAUAUUAUAUUUCUUAAAUGACAAGAGGGCACUCGGCAGGAAGAGGGAAGUGACAAGCCUCUGGAGUUAUUUGCUCAUUAGAAAAACAGUAUGCCCUGCACCAUCCGACUGAUGCGAGUUUUCUGAACACACUGUUUGCUCUUUACAGAGGCAAGUACAUAGGGAUGAGGCAGCAGUAGUCAUGUGUUUGUGUAUGUUAAGAACCUGCGGCCUCAAAACAGCACAGCCUGACAAAUUACUUUGGCCAAAGACCUAGAGGGGCUUGCGAGAUUCGCUUCGUUUUGAACACAGUGAGACUUGCAGCAAGAUUCUGAUUUUUACUGAAGAUUCUACGGAACGUUUCUGACUUCUUCCUAUUGUUCAGGGGAAUUAAGUUAGGCAAAUGCAUGAAAAUCUGGUCUGCGACACUUGAAGGCGUGGGCGCGUAUGUACUUGGCCAUUCUUUGAAUCCUUGAAAGGACUUGUUCGCAUAUACAUAUUAUGAUUUCUGCAAGAAACAUUGGGGUUUCCUGCAGCAAACACAAAUGGCGGAUAGCAUACAUUUAGGGACAUGUGUCUGGGAUCCAUAGAUGUAUUACUAGUGCUUUUUGAUGCAGUUAUUUGGGUGUGAAUAGAUAAGUGUUAAGACAUAACCACCACGUGCCAGGUCCUUGCCACAUGCAUUCUGGGUUAUGUUCAAGUGAAUGAAAGGUGAACAGGAUGGAACCGUCUUCGGUGGCAUCAGUAGAUAUUGGGAAUGUCAUUGUUCCUUCUUGACUUACCGUACCUUUCACAUUUGAAAAAAGUACACUAUGCUCCAGGCUCUAAGCAAUCCAUUUUAUUCCACUGUGACCAGAGCCUUCUUGAUAAAAUGGAAGAGAUGUGAGCGGCAUUACCACUUUCCUGUAACUUCUCCAACUGCAGGACAUACUUUUUUAUCCCUCCCAUAGACAAUAAAGUUUUUUAAGGAGAAGGACAUAUUUCCAAAUUAUUGUGGGUUUUAGGUCAAUACUUUCAAAUCAGGAGACAAUUUCUCCAGCCCCAUGUGUUGUGCAGGUGUGCGGUCUUCAUGUCCAAAAAUGAGAUGUAUUUGCCCCUUUCUCACAGAGGUUGAAUGUUCCUGCAGUUACUCCAGCCCCUACCUGCAUACAACAGCUGCUUUAUUUUAAUACAGAACAACAAGACGAGGGGCAGAAGUCCUUAUCCCAACCUGCACGUUCUUCAACUCUCCACACUGAGCUGGGACAGGCCCUAUGAUCUCUUAUGAAUAUAUUGUCGAGUGUAGAGUUCUUUUACCCCCACCUUUUGUCUUGCAUCAGGUUGGAACAACAGGCAGAUGCCCUUUCGUUUCCCCCUCCCUUCUGCUAGGAAGAAGGAAAAGAGCAAAAACAAAUGUGUGACCUGUAAGUCAUGAGUCACACAGUGGCACCAUUUUAUAAGCUCAGCACACCUUCAGUACCAGCAAGAGGAGCAGAUCAGCCUGCCUUGUCUACUGAGUGCUUUGCCAGAACAGGUAGAGCAACAUUCUGGCUCCUGCUCUCAGGUGCCCUUGUCUCCUCCUCCCCACCACACUUCCAUUUGAAUCCCCUUUCUGUUCCUCAUACCAGUCAGUGGCGUGGCGUGGGGGGUGCAGGGGGGGGCGGCUGCACCGGGCGCAACAUCUGGGGGUUAGGGUUAGGGGGCACAAAUUACUUGCCUUGCCCCGGGUGCUGACAACCCAUGCUACGUCACUGAUACCAGUGGCUGCCGUUUGCUUUCCAGGGACAGCAGACAUAUGUUAACAGCAAGAGCUCCUGACUGACACACAGUUCUCCUCCGUAGUCAAUGUCAACCGAGGUUGCAGUUGUCUUGGUCCGCAAGUGCAAGUGGUCAGCUGGUUUGGUGAAUGUGAAUGUGAAUGUGGCAGUACUCCUUUUCCUCUCCCCCCCACUGUCUAGUGUAGUGGUCUGUGGAUCAUAAGAAAAGAAGAAAGACUUGUUACACCUUAGGCCAAGGGUAGCCGACUGCUCAGGUGCUGUUAGACCACAACUCCUAUAAUCCCAGGACUUUGGCCAUGCUGGAGGGAUUGAUGGGCGUUGAACAACAUUUGUAUUGGCACCAUGUUGGCUACCCCUUCCUUAAGCUUUCUCCUUUUGCUUUGCCUUGUGUCUGUGCCUUUUGCAGCCACCUAGAUUCUUAAUUUCUGCCUGCUUUGUUUAUUUGUUUCUUAUGAUUAGGGAUGGGCAGCCACCCACCUGAUUGGCUCCCAAACAUGUUGGGUUGCUCAUGUUGAAUAGUAAAAAUAAAAAACCUCAAUAAAGUUUUUAAGUACGUUGAUGAAUCUCAGCCGUGCCUAGCAAUGGACUUUGAGGCUGGAAUUUCAAGGAAUACUUGAGCAACCCAGUUCUUCCCUAUUUCCUUCUCUCCUCUUCCCUGCUGUUAUCUAUCUUCCCCAAGAACAUCAUAAUCCCAUUGGGAAAUGUGGGGUGGGAAUGGGAAGCAGGAGAGCAGGAUGAGCUCUGGCAGGUAAGAGUGUUGUUGUUUAGUCGUUUAGUCGUGUCCGACUCUUCGUGACCCCAUGGACCAGAGCACACCAGGCACUCCUGUCUUCCACUGCCUCCCACAGUUUGGUCAAACUCAUGCUGGUAGCUUCGAGAACACUGUCCAACCAUCUCGUCCUCUGUCGUCCCCUUCUCCUUGUGCCCUCCAUCUUUCCCAACAUCAGGGUCUUUUCCAGGGAGUCUUCUCUUCUCAUGAGGUGGCCAAAGUAUUGGAGCCUCAGCUUCAGGAUCUGUCCUUCCAGUGGUGAGCACUCAGGGCUGAUUUCCUUAAGAAUGGAGAGGUUUGAUCUUCUUGCAGUCCAUGGGACUCUCAAGAUUCUCCUUCAGCACCAUAAUUCAAAAGCAUCAAUUCUUCGGCGAUCAGCCUUCUUUAUGGUCCAGCUCUCACUUCCAUACAUCACUACUGGGAAAACCAUAGCUUUAACUAUUCGGACCUUUGUUGGCAAGGUGAUGUCUCUGCUUUAAAAGAUACUGUCUAGGUAAGAGUACCUGACCACUAAUGUAAUGCAUUCCUAGUGAGAAGUAUGUGUAUUAUAAGUAGUAGCUGUCACUGGAAUGCUUUGACCACCAAAUGCAACAACAAGCAUCAUGGGACACACGAAAUACUCAUUUGGUUUUUCUGUAAUAGAAUAACACCACUGGAAUAGCUAUGAAAUUGAUGGGAUAUUGGAAGAGAAAGUGAGGCCGACCAAACUUCUUGACUCUCUUGAUUUUGUUUUGCAUGCUCGACACGUUCCCCCUGUUUUUCUUAACAUGCACCUGCUCCAAUUUGCAGCUGGAAGUUCUGUUGGUGGAGAUGCAGGACCCAAGUUCUGGCAUCAAAACGCAUGCUCAGAAGGUCACGGUCGUCGAUAUCCCGCAUGCAAUGACUGGUAAGUCUGACAGUAGCAGCUACAAAGUGCAACAGAAACCAUUUACCCCCUUUUGUAUAAAAUAAUCCAACAGUCAAAAUUACUUUUCUGGUGCUGGGAGGACAGUCACAACAGCAACACAGUCCUUCAGCCGCAAGGGGACUGCCAUCCUGACACCGCGAAAGAAGACAAUUUAUGAUAAGGAAUGUUUGUGCUGCCGUGGGAUCACAAAAUUGGGAGCAAAAUAUCCAACCUACCCCUAUGCCUGUAAAUUACAGCAGUCCUUCCCUCAGAACACACUGAAUCUGAAAUAGGCAGGUAGCGGUGGUGCUUUGAAGUUGCGAGCCUGUCAUUACUGUCUAUUGAGUAUUCUACAACAACAAUUGUACUCUGGUGCCUGCCAGCUAUGUUCACACAAGGCAACCCUGCAAACAUACUCUAAGCACCUCCUUGUGGAUUGCUAUUAUUAUUAUUUUUUUAAAAAAGCAAGCUCCAGAGCAUGUUGUAAAUACUUUACUACCAUUUUGCCCUUGUCAUAUGUACCAAACCCUCUUCACUGAAGACAAAGGUGUCCUGGAAGUCAGUUGAAAUUAGCAGGUAGAACUGGAAGGGGAAGUUAUGGUUCACAGUAGUUCCUUUGUGCCUUUAUGAGGCAGAGGCGUACCUAGGUUCUCUUGUGCCCUUGGCAAGGAGCUGUAUUUGUGCCCGCCCCCAUCCCUUGUGUUUGUCUGCUGAGGUGCCCAGAGGAGAUGUGUGCCUCACCUGGUUGCCCAGAGCAGUGGAAGAGUGGCCCAGUGAGGACUCGGGUAGAUGGGUGGGUGAAAUCCUAGCCACUACAAGCCAAGAGUGGAAAGGCAUGGUUUCUGCACUCUCCUGGGCCUGCGUCCUUGGCAGGGGGUCAACCCUGACCCACCCCUAGGUAUGCCCCUGUUAUGAGGAGCAUCGGUGUGAUCUUUCUAAUGAAGGAACUAAACUGCAGAGCAUCGCCAAGUGCAUUGUGGUUGAAUUCAAUGGAAAACCAGAACCACGCAAAUGUGCUUAAAAGCUCAGUCCAAGGGGUAGAUUCACAGAAGAAAGUAGAACUUGUCCGUUUCUUUUUAGCCACUCGGGUGCUGAUUGUAUGACAAGUUCCACCAUCCCCUGGUAAUAUUCCAAUAAGUUCAGGAGACCAGCUCUUAACCCACCAAUUGUUCCUUGAAAUGUUCCAAGGCACUGAGAGAAAGUGCAGCCCCUGCCUGCCCCACACUAUUUCUUUGCCAAUCUGAUGAUUGCUAUAGCCAGCAGAUUUUAAUUUCGCUCCACAACAGACAGAGGAGAGGAGAGGAGUGGGUCAUGUUCACCAGCUGCAUUCUGUCAUUGGGUCUUAGAAUAUUUAAAGGCAUAGGCUCAGUCUCUCAGUGAAGAACCGGCAGCCCUGUAGGAACCUGUUUUAGUGAGUUUGCCAAAUGAGCAUGGACUCACCCGGAACAAUUGUUGACUUAUUCAAAAGAAUGAGGUUGAUUUUUAACUUCGCUACAAGGUGUGUAUGGAAAGUUGCCCUGAGGUUGGGGAAAACAGUUCUGUGAAAUUUUCCAAGACCACGCUCUGUCUGGCCACAAGCUGAACACUAAAUUUGUUAAAACUGGUUUUGAUUGGUAUUUGUAUCGACUUUAUUGCUGUUUCGUUUGCUCUGUUUUCCCUCCCUAAUAUUGCUGAUAGCAAUAUUAUUGGUGUUGCUAUUAUUAUUGCUAGUUGCAUUGAGUGUUAUUCAACAAAAGAUGGAACAAAUUUUUGACUAAUGAAUAACAAGCACCUGAGAGAUUUAUGUCAAACGCCAGGAAUGGAGAGAUGACUUGAGAAAUGUAUACUUCUGAGACAAAGCCAGCCUCUUCUUGGUUGAUAGUAUCACUGAAGUCAACAGAAUGACUUAAGAGUGCUGAAUCGUACAUUGCAGCUGUUUGCACUAAGCCAAACCUUGGUUUAGCAUGGCAUGGGAGUUAAAGAACUGGGGAGAAGCAAAGCAACUGUGAGUUCCUCUCCAGGAGACUGGAUAUCAGUGCAGUCUUGGUACACCAUAGUUUGACUGGCUGUGUCAUGUGAACCAGGACUCACUCUAUCUAUCUAUCUAUCUAUCUAUCUAUCUAUCUAUCUAUCUAUUUGAUAUAUUUGUAUGUUGCACUGUGGUUAAAAAAAUCCAGGGCAGUUUGCAUAUUAAACAAAUAGAAUCCAAUCUAGGUAGUCAGCAUUCACAUGAGAAUAUCAACAUUCACCAAACUUUUAACAUCUCCUAUAACAGUAUAAAAUCAGUCUCGUCUCUGACUGAGGCAACAGGAAAAUGGGGUACUUUCUAUUUUGAAAUCAUAGCUGCCUUUCUCUGGAUGUUAAACAUCUGUACAGUCCUGCUAACACUGCAUUUUUAUUGGUUUGACGCUGAUAAUUGAGAAGGUUUCUGGGGGUUAGCAGCUGAUCGUAAGGCUUCCAACAAGUAGGGGUACAGUUUUCCAUGUUUUCCCCAAUCUCUGCAGCUCUAGCUCCUGAAAUCAGCUUCAGAAGGUUGGGGAACUCUCCAGAGCAUGUUUACGGUGCAUUGCGCAUUUGUUUGGUUUCUGUGUGUGCGUGCAGGGUAAAGGGGGGGAUAACUGAAAAUUUCUUUCUUAUUGUUAUUAACUAAGUUUCUAUGCUGCUCUUCAGCCGAGGACCACAGGGUGGUUUGCAAAAUAAGGACCCAAAAUUGCAUACCAUAGUAACAAAUGAAAACAAUACCCCACAGUUUUAAAGGCCAUAGAUUGUUUCAUUGCCCAAUGGCACCUAAGAACAUAUGCAAUGAAGGAAACCUUAUUACUGCAGUGCAUUGCACAAGGGGCUGCUUUUGAAGAUGGUUCAGAAACUGCAGCUAGUGCAGAGUUUGUUGGCCAGAUUGUUGAUCAGAGGUAGGAGGUCUGAGCAUAUAGCUCAGUUUUUAGCAUAGCUGCACUGGCUGCUUGUCAGGGAACUGACAUCGGAGCUAGAGGUGGAGGGGAGGCUCUCUAAUGAUGCUGGAGAAGGGCCCAGCAGGGAGAGAGGCAGCUCAGCAGAUGGGGAAGCAAUUCAGUGCAACACCAGGAAUAAGGAGGGGCAGAUGGGGAAUCGGAGAGAGGGCUCCCAGACUCUUCACCGGACACCAGCGGGGAGAGCACUGGUCCUCCGCUACCCACGCCCUCCCUGCGCAGGAGACUUCCGCGCAGAGAAAGUAGGAGGAGACUGGGUGUCAAACAACUUUUAUGUUGGAAAAGGUUUAAGAAACGCCCACUGACGGAUUCUGCUAGCGACUGAGGCAGCCACGAAUUGAAGGGUUGUCCAGACAGAAAGGUUUAACAAGGCAACAUAGCCAGGAGAGGCGGCAACUUACGCACGAGCAACCCCAUACCAUUAUACUGCUGAUCAUCUCCCAGACUCAAUUUAAAGUGUUGUUUUUGAGCUAUAAACCCCUAUGAGGAUCAGGACCCUAAUACCUUAGGAUCUGCCGCUCUACUCAGACCCUGUGUUUGUCAUCUGAGUCCCUACUUGAUGUGCCCCACUGAGGGAGGUCUGGAGGGUGUCAACACAAGAAUGGGCCUUUUCAUUGGCGGCUCUCGAAUAGUUGAAUGUAUGUGUUUCAACGAUGCUCCUGGCACUAUCAUUAUCAGGUAAAGAUAUUCCUGUUCACCCAAGAGUUUGGCUCUCAGGGUAAGAUUUUCCCCCUUUAUGUUAUUGCAGGAUGAGCAUUUUUAGUCAAUAAUGUUUAAUAUCAUUUGGAUGCAUUUUAUUUUACACACUGUACAGUGGUACCUUGGGUUACAUACGCUUCAGGUUACAUACACUUCAGGUUACAGACUCCGCUAACCCAGAAGUAGUGCUUCAGGUUAAGAAUUUUGCUUCAGGAUGAGAACAGAAAUUGUACCCUGGCAACGCGGCGGCAGCAGGAGGCCCCAUUAGCUAAAGUGGUGCUUCAGGUUAAGAACAGUUUCAGGUUAAGUACGGACCUCCGGAACGAAUUAAGUACUUAACCCGAGGUACCACUGUAUAUGGUUUUUUUAUCAUAAGCCGCUUUGAGGUACUUUACAGAGUAAGCGACGAAUAAAUGCAGCUGAGCAACACCAUUGGCUACAACUGUAUGAACUUUAGAGAUCUCAGGCCAUAGUCUCGCCUGGAAUAAACAGGAACAGCUCCACUCACGUCGUGCCAGGGAUGGAUGAUGUUUCCCCAGCAUUCAGAAAAUAAGCACCACCUCUUUAAGGGAAAAGAACAGGUGCAAGCUGGGUUGCCUAGCACAGGUCUGCGUUACAGGCUAAUCUUUUAAUUUCAUCUAUUUCAGGAAGCAGAUAGUAGGGAUAAGGGCUCCUGGCUGCUUGGCAAAAGUCUCAAGUGAUCAGCACAAUGUCAGGAAAGGUUAACAUUUUUAAUCUGCAUUGUGGAGGCAUUUGGAGAUGAAGAUUAGGACAUGCUCAGGGAGGGAGUGCAUUCUUGAAGCCUUGCCCUAUUUAAAACUUCUAGUUUUAACCUGUCCUACAGUGCAGAGUACAAAGAUAGGUGGCAGAAACAGGGGUGGCUUAAUGCCAGAUUCAUUCAUGAUAUGUAUUAAACUCUUCUCCCGACUCCAACUGGUUGAUAUUAUAUUUUUUCCUGUAUGUAUCUAUGUAUGUAUAUUUUUAAUGCCUUUGAAACAAAGCACUCUGUGGUUUAUUUAUCAUUUUCCUCCACCCAGUCAAUUACUCUACAGCUCACCAAACAUACCUCUGUUGAAGAUGGUAAUGUGUCCUUUUGUACUGGUUCCAUGCCUCCUUUUAUUUUGCUCCCCAAGUUACAAGCUCUGGCCUCUGAAACCUGACAUCUCUCUUUGUGUUCCGUUUUAAUUUACAAACCACUAAUUGAAUUGCACAGUUCCUGGCUAGCUUGCCCUUUCUCUUUCGCGCAGGAAAUAAUAAGGUUCCCAAUGAGUCACCUUGUCGAGAGAACACAAUUCCGUUUCCCCUGACGUUGGAUUAUGAUUUAGCCUUUCAGUGGCAAUCCUGAAUACUCUCCCUCUUUCACGAAAGUAUGCAGUAAAACAUAUGCAUUGAGAACUGGCAGGAAUAUGAGCUUUUAGAAAGCAGAGGGAUUUAGAUCAUUAGAGUCAUAAUAUUAAUUCCCAAAGUGUUUUUUUUUAAUAAAAAAGACCAAUUUCCCCCAACCUGGUGCCCUCCAGAUGUUUUGGUCUAAAACUCCUGUCAGCCCAUUUGCUAUGAAGGAGUUGGUGAGAGGAUGAGAAGGCAGUUAUUUCAUCCUACGGCUUUUAGAAUUUGAACAGGAAGUGCAACAUCACAAGAACAGAGCAUCUCCUGUCAUCCCACCCCUCUCGCCUUGGUUGCUGUAUUGCUAAGACUUCCAUGCCACCUCUGAUGUCUGUAACCAAAUGAACCAGAAUAGUUUACUGCCCUGAAACUGCUUUGUUCCCAGAUAGCUAACUUUCAACUUCAGAUUCUCUGUGUUUCCAUUCCCCCCACCACACCUUAAUUUUAGUUCUCCACAUUUUCAAGUCUGUUAAAAAUGACCCAAAGGAUUUUGAAUGCUCAUCAAAGAAAGGGAUGUAAACUCAAAUAUUUAUUCAUCCUGCUUUUUUAAAAAAACAGAGCUUCAUUAAAAAAAAGUAUGACCAACCAACCUGUGACUCAGAAACUGUGUUAGAAACUGAAAUAUGAAAGCUAGGAGCUAAAUGGAACCUUAAACCUAGGUUAUGGGUGCUGCAAUGGAGUGUUUGGGCAUGCUUUUUUAUAACAAGAAUACAAAACUGAAAUUGAAUGAAGUGCAGCUAAAGUCUUGUGUUCAUUUUUCACGUGGUCUAGUCCUCAUCUAAAGACUGCAAAAAACAAAGCCAUGCUUCCCUUGCCCACCCCUCUGAUAUUCUUAUGAGGGUCCCUUCUCCAUUCUUCAGAGAGUGGCUGGAAGUGGGGAGGCAGAAAAAGGCCCUCCUUUUCUUCCAGCAGUGGCAGUUUUAAUCUGAAAUCUUAGGCGCAGUAGUGUGCCCAGAAACUGCUGGCAUUAAUGAAAUCCCCUGUCACAAAAUGCGCCUGGGACAAUGGGAGUUUCGAACACUGAGCACAUGGUUUCCCAGAUUCUCCUGGUCCCUGUUGGGAGAGUUGUGAACCACAGCUCACUCCAUCAACUCUGCUGUGGCAGGGCAGCUGCCUCCUCUCCCCUCAUCUGUCAUUUGCGGGUAGCCAUUCCAGCUGCAUCAAUGGGGGAAACAGGAAGCACGUGUCACUUCAUCAGCUUUGCUGAAUGCAAAGUUCCAUCGAGUAUCUCCUUCCCCAGAACUGCGCCAGCUGGUCAUCAUAGGAACAUCUGGUGUAGGAAAUUGGUGGCCAAGCUUUGAUUUUGAUUUUUCUUUCUUUCCUUACUGUCCCUUGUGUGUCAAGGUUGUCCGCUUUUCAGUGGGCGGCGUUGCGGGUGGGCAUCGGGCUCGCAGUGAUCUGGCUGGGGGCAGAGGCCAACGCUAUCCGGCUGCUGUCCAAUCAGCAUUGGCGAGAGGCAAGGCUGCGGCAAAACUUAAACCACGGUGCGGCUGGGGGACCACCCUCUCGCACCCUUCACCGGAUCUCCUGCCCGCCCGCCCUCUUUUUAUGCUUUGCUAUGACACCGCCUUGCUAUGGACAAAUGUUUGCCCUUCUGAAACAAAUCAAUAAAAUAUUAAAUAUAAAGAGAAGUGAAAGUGGGACGAGUGUAUGUACACGUGGCUACAAGUGACUAUCACUUUUUCAAACCACGUUUGAAACCUAUCUGGAAAAAAACCAAACUGUUACCCAUUUCCAGUCUGACAAGUCUCUUGUAGCGGCUGAGGAUGGGAGUUGCAGGUCUGGAUCUGUAUUUUCCUGAGGGGCGGGGGGGGGCUUUCCAGAUGAGAGGCGGUUCCUGUAAGCAGGUCGUGGAGGUCAGAAUGUGAAAUUUUGUUAUUCUGAUGAUUUACACUGUCUGCUCUUGCUCUUGCUUUCCAGGUUCUGAUAUGCUACAGUGGCUUAUGCAGCGCCUGCAGAUUACCGACGAAGGUGAGUUUUGGUGGGAAACACAGGUGGCGUUUAGUCAAGCUUCCUCCUCACCCCUUUCCUCUUCUUUGCCCCCCAGUACAGUAUGUGGUACCUUGGUUCUCAAACGCCUUGGUUCUCAAACUGUGAAAAGCUGGAAGUAAAUGUUCCGGUUUUUGAAUGUUUUUUGGAAGCCGAAUGUCUGAUGCAGCUGUUGGCUACUGUUUCCAGGGCACCUGCACCAAUCAGAAGCUGCGCCUUGGUUUUCGGACAUUUUGGAAGUCAUACUGAUUUCCGGAACGGAUUAAGUUUGGCGCUUUAGUUUUUGCUGUUUAUUUUGCGUUUUCGUUUUUGAGGCUUUUUCAGUUAAUUUGUUUUUGUGACUGUGUGGAACCCAGUUCAGCUACUGAUUGAUUGAUUGAUUGAUUGAUUGAUUGUGUGACUGCAGAAAUGGAUAAAAGCCCCCCAAUCCAAACAAUGACUAUUAUCAAUGCAGGGAAGAAUUUUUUUAUUUUUAUUUUAUCAUCUACGAUACUGUCUUAUUUAUUGAAUAGUACAGUACACUGAUUAUUGCUUUCAUUUUAUGGAUCGAUGGUCUCGUUAGAUAGUAAAAUUCAUGUUAAAUUGCUGUUUUAGGGGUUGUUUUAAAAGUCUAGAAUGGAUUAAUCCAUUUUGCAUUACUUUCUAUGGGAAAGUGGGCCUUGGUUUUGGAACGCUUUAGUUUUGGAACAGACUUCUGGAACGGAUUAAGUUUGAGAGCCAACUGUACCACUGUAUUCGAAUUCUUGUCUUUUUAAUAGCUGAUUGUUUCUGCAUGUUUGGCUGUGCUCUGUGUGCACCAGUGAAGGCAGCUGAUAUCUUUCUUUUUUAGAGGCACUCAGUUUGGGAAGUAUGAUUAUCAGGUACGGAUACAUCUAUCCUCUUCAGGAUUCGAAGAAUCUGAAUCUCAGACCAGACAGCAGCCUCUACAGGUUUCAGGUGAGCAGAGCAGUGAGCCACAAGCAGAAGAAAUGGAAGUCUGCUAAGGUCUUUUAGAUUUUUCACAUAAACCUCAUUCACAUAUCAGGUUAAAACCUUUUUCAACUCAAGGUUCACAUUGCUUCAUAGACAACUGCACUGGGGCUGCAACCCAGAGGAACCGGGACUCAAGCUGCAGAGGGAACUCUUUACAUUUCUACAGUCAGCAGUGCUCCAGCCAUGCAAAAAAUGGACUCUCCAUCCUAGCAAGGAGGUUCACCAGCCUUCCAUGAAACCAUGCAUAAAAUUAACAGUGGUUAAAUGUGAAAGAGCAGCAUGCUAAUUCUUGUUGCUGAAAUUGUGGGCGCUUUGCUCUUACCCGAAGGGACACAGGUGGCGCUUUGGGUUAAACCACAGAGCCUAGGACUUGCUGAUCAGAAGGUCGGCGGUUCAAAUCUCUGCGAUGGGGUGAGCUCCCGUUGCUUGGUCCCUGCUCCUUCCAACCUAACAGUUUGAAAGCACGCCAGUGCAAGUAGGUAAAUAGGUACCGCUUCAGCAGGAAGGUAAACGGUGUUUCCAUGCGCUGCUCUGGUUCGCCAGAAGUGGCUUAGUCAUGCUGGCCACAUGACCCGGAAGCUGUACGCCGGCUCCCUGGCCAAUAAAGUGAAAUGAGCGCCGCAAACCCAGAGUCGGCCACGACUGGACCUAAUGGUCAGGGGUCCCUUUAGCUCUUACCCAGCUCCAACUGGUGCCACUCUAGGGAGGAAAUAAGCCAAAGCAGGGGUGCCAACAGGAAUAUAAUGGGGGGGCAGGUAAGCCCCACCCCACAUAAUUACAAAACGCCCCCACCACCACCAUCAUCAUCAUCCUUUAUUAGGCAUAGCACACCACACACUAACAAACAAACAACGCCCCCAUCAUUUGAAUGGCAACGCCCAUCAACUUUGAGGGGUGCCCCCCCAUAUUUUAUUUGGGCGCGGGGAAAGGGACCUCAGCCCAUAGGUGUUGGCUCCUGUGAGUCAUAGUCUGGUUUGGCAUCUUUACUGAACCGGGACUCGUUUUCACCGAACCACUAGCGGUAAGCCAGGAACAAACCUUGGCUUCAGAUUGUGGUUGAUUUGAAGAGAAACCACAAGCCUGGCUUCGGAUUUAAUGAAAAGCCAGAGUAUUACUUGAUUCUUCCCUAGUGCUGUAGCAUGUGGGGUGGGGGUCACAAACAGGGACCUUUCAAGCAACAUCCACCUGCAUGCUGCUUGUUCAUGUUAAGCAAUGCUUUUAUUUUAACGAUGGUUUAAUAGGAUGGGUGAAGUGGGCCACAGACUUUAAGACUUCUUUAAAGCCUUUAGCAACUCAUUCCUGCAUGUGUUUACUCUUAACUCUGAGAAGCUUCUCACAGUCCUUUCAAUCUGUGACUUUGCCUUAUUUUUCACCUCUGUCCUUCUUUGUCAGCCUUUAGGAAACGUUGAAAGAUACUCUUAUUUGCAAGACUUUUUAGUGGCUUUAUUGUGCUACAUUUAGCUUUUUAAAAUGUUUUAACUAGAUUGUUUUAAUGUUAGCAGGUGCGCAGCGUCGGGGCGCCGUAGAGGAAGGGCUGCAGCUGUAAUUUUACUGUCCAUUAUUUUUAUACUGUGGUCUGUGUACAUGUCACUUUACAAAGUAUAGGUAUGACGGGUUCCUCCCCUCGGGUUCAGCAACCUAAAAAUACACACAAGGAAAAUUAUUCUCUUCUUUGUUGGGUCCCUUUCCUGGCUGUGCUGCACUCUGAGGGCAGUUUUUGUUAACUCAGCAAGGCCCCAGCACUAAGGUAGCCACAGGACAUCAUUUUUAUUGCAAUUUGCUUCAGUGUCCCCCUUUAAAUGAAUUUAUUAUUGAUCUCCCUUUCUCCCUCUAGGUCUCCCUUUCUGCACCACUGCAGGCCUCACUCACCUUCUCUUUUAACCCUGCAGCCUUCUGCCUCUGUACCCAUCCUUGCUUCUUUCUCAUUUGACCACCAAAAGUCGGCAUCCCAUAGCACUCUUGUUUUUGCUUUGAAAUAAUUUUAAUUUGAUUUUACAAGUGCAAAGUUAUAACAAUACCAAAUAUAUGUUCAGGUUUAGAGAUUUCUCUGAAUCUCCAGACUCACCACCAUCCCCUCCCUGGGUCCUAUUGUCAACAUUUUCAACUGCAUAAUAUUUCAUCAUCCAUAUUUUAUAUCUCUCCAUAUUGUCCAUAGUCUUUGUUACAUUACAAGUGUUAUUAGAAUCCUCCAGUGUUUUCAUUUGUUUACAGUGGUCUCCUAAAUAAAUAUUUCCCCAUAGCACUCUUGCAUUGCCACAAGCCUCUCAUUUCUGUCACUCAUCCAACAUGUCUGUUUGUCCACUCUUUUUCCCUCUCUCCCUUCGCACCAUAGUGCUUACCAAGCCCAAGCAGAGCUUGUCUGAGGCCCUGGGUAGGAGUCGUUUUAGAAUAAAGUUAUAAACACAAACAAAAAAGCACCUGGUUCCUUGCAGGACCCCCUGGCUGGCUUUGGCCUCCUAGGCCCAGGACAAGUGUACAUUUGGGACCCGCACCCGUAUGGUCUGAUGCUCGGUCUCUACCCCUAUCUUGGUUACUUCCUCUUUCCCCAUCUUACUGGGUCCUCAGUUGCUCCCUUUUCCUUCCUCCAGUUCCCGUUUUCCUCUGCUUCUCUUUAUUGUUCCCCCACUCCACCCCAUCUGUACUUCUCCUCACUGAAUUUGUCAGCAACAGUACACAAAAACUCUCAUUUUUAACCCCCUGACAGAAUCUGUCAGAGACCUGUGGCCUGGGAAGUUGGCAACAAUCCAGGCGAAGAGGAAGCAAUGGCAAUGUAGUGACACAGCAUCCUCCCAUUUCCCCCCCUCUGUCUCUCUCACAUACAUACACAGGAAGGGUGUAGAGAUGUUGGAAAAUUCUGGUGGAAGGAGGAAUGGAAAUCGUUGAUGUUCACUUACCCAUCUCAUUUCCUGGACAGACGUCAAUUUGGCGAAUUUGAUUUGCAUUCACUGUUGUUGUUAUUUUCAGUCUGCAGCUGUUAGUCUCCAAAGGAUAACUCUCUCCAGUUGCAUUGUGUUUCCUUUGCAUUGAAAGGAAUGGUGUGGAAUAACAUGAUAAUUACGUGAUUAACUGUGCAAAAUUUCGCUAUAGCAGACAGUGUGACCGAAUAACAUAGUUUUACGAAAGGCUGAAAUGCAGUGGAAUGGAAGCAGCUCUGCACGUGACAAAUAUGGGUUGGAACGGAAACCAAUACCUUCUUACAUCCCUAGUUGGGUGGACCUUACCUAUUUGGACCAGAAAGUGGGAAGGGGCCAUGAACAAUCAUUUAAAAACCUCACAGUGGUGUUCACAUAGGGAGAGAGCUGCAGCUGCAACAUCCAGUGAAAGUUACUAUUCCAAGUGUUGUUGUUAAUAUUUGUAUAAUAUUUGUAUAAAAUAAUAUUUGUAUAAAUAUAUUGUAUAAUAUUUGUAUAAAUGUUCUUCAUUUGCAGAUAUCAGGGUGGCUCAGAGCAUAAAAACACAUGAUAAAAACACAAAAUACAUAUAAAAAGCAAGAACAGAAACAAAACAAUAGCCCCCACCCCCAAAGAUUGGGGGCUUGCCUCUCCCUGCCUUUUUUAUUUUGUUUGAUUCUUCUGUUUUCCAGGCCUCAUUCAGAAUGGAUAUAAAAUUGCUGAGAACAUACAUUUACAAAAACAUUAAAAAUAUUCAGGGCUGCCAGACACAUGCCAGCUGGUAGAAUGAUUUAGAAGAAUUUAGUUAAAGAAUCAAUUGAUAACCUGGGUCUUAGUUUUUGUGUUCUUUCUUACAGACACCGUAUUUUUGGCCGACUCAGCAGUGGGCAGCAGAUGAUACAGACUAUGGUAAGCCAUAAGAUCAGGGAGGCACUCUCUGCCCUUUUAGUGAAAUCUUAAAGGUGUAGAUCCAUAGCUGUCAACUUUUCCCUUUUUUAAAAGGGAAAUUCCCUUAUUCUGAAUAGGAUUCCUCGCAAGAAAAGGGAAAAGUUGACAGCUCUGUGUAAAUCAUGUGCAUUUGGAGGAAAAGAUGGAGUAAGUGUUUGUAUGAACUCCAAAGAUGAUGUUUGUAGAAACUAAUCAGUUCUGGGAAAGGUCCAGUGGUACCUUGGUUUCCUAACAUCUCUGUUGACGAAUAUUCAGUUUACGUACGUCGUAAACCUGGAAAUAAAUGCUUUGGUUUUUGAACACGCCUCGGAAGUCGAACAUGCCAUGCGGUUUCCGCUGAGUGCAAGAUCCUGAGGCCUAGCUGUCAGCUGUUGAGUCCUUGGUUUUCGAACGUUUCAGAACCCGAACGGUCUUCCGGAACGGAUUAUGUUCGAAAACCGAGGUACUUCACUUUGAAGAGGAGGGUACCCACUUACACUCUCAUUUCAACUAUUAUUUUAAAAAAAUGAUUUAGAAAACAUUCAGAUACUGUGGUACCUCGGGUUAAGAACUUAAUUCGUUCUGGAGGUCCGUUCUUAACCUGAAACUGUUCUUAACCUGAGGGACCACUUUAGCUAAUGGGGCCUCCCGCUGCUGCCGCACGAUUUCUGUUCUCAUCCUGAAGCAAAGUUCUUAACCCGAGGUACUAUUUCUGGGUUAGCAGAAUCUGUAACCUGAAGCAUCUGUAACCUGCAGCGUCUGUAACCCGAGGUACCACUGUAUAUAAUGCGUUGGACCCUUCCUAGGACUGUAGUACUUCAAGGUAUGCAUGGGAUGUUCACAUGUUUAAGCACCUCUUCAUAUGAAGGCAAUCCAUUCAUAUUGAAAACUGGCACCAAGGAGAAAGCUAGGUCAGAAUCCCUUUUCCCUGACAUGCUAGCUAUCCACAGGUAGUGAGUUUUUAACAUAGCAGAGCAUUUGAAUUUACAACCUUCCACCUGUAGUCUGGAGUGUAACAGUACAGGUAAAAGCUGUGUCCCUUGAUAAUUCUGAACAUCUUUAAUUGCCUUAGGCCUGGCCAAUGGUGUGGUAGCAGGUUCCUGAAACUAUAGCCUCAUAGACGCUGUUCCAUGUGGCAAGUUGCAAUGUGAAGCAGUACCUCACACAAUUCUGGCAGUGCUGAAACCACCGAAAAGAAGGAUUGAAAUGACAUGUUAAGGCAAUCCACACACAGAAAGCCAAGAUGCAUUGAUUGCAUAUGCGAAUUGGGCCAUCUGUUUCUUAUACUUUUUAGAGAAUGUAUGUGAAUUUUGUUCCCCACUUUAAGCCUUAAAUAAAGAAUAAGAUUAUGUUUUAUUAAAGAAAUCUUCCACAGUCUGAUACACCCUUACGUGGGACUAAGUCAACUGAACUUUGGUUUAGCUCAGGGGUAGGCAACCUAAGGCCCGGGGGCCGGAUGUGGCCCAAUCACCUUCUCAAUCCGGCCCACAGACGGUCUAGGAAUCAGUGUGUUUUUACAUGAGUAGAAUGUGUCCUUUUAUUUAAAAUGCAUCUCUAGGUUAUUUGUGGGGCCUGCCUGGUGUUUUUACAUGAGUAGAAUGCACGCUUUUAUUUAAAAUGCAUCUCUGGGUUAUUUGUGGGGCACAGGAAUUCGUUCUUCUUUUUUCAAAAUAUAGUCUGGCCCCCCACACGGUCUGUGGUACGGUGGACCGGCCCACGGCUGAAAAAGGUUGCUGACCUCUGGUUUAGCUAUUAGUUUACUCAGAGUAGACCCAUUGAAAUGUUUGGGCAUUUCUAACUGAGGUCUGUUCUUUUCAGUUGGUCCAUUUUGCAUAUAGCUUGAUUGGAUGCGGCCCUUACUUUUGCAUAAACGUGCUACAGGAUUGGACUAAACUUCUUCGGCUUAAUUUGGUUUGUGGAAUGUGUUAUUAGAAAUGUGUUAAUUUGGCUCCUUAACUUGCCUUCCUCUGCACCUCACUGCCGCAUGAAUAUGUAGCUGAGACACCAGAAAUUAGCAAACUGGCUUUAACCAGAGCACAAGGUUAGAAUUCACAGCGGGAAAAUAAGAACGGAGCAAUAAAAACGCCACACAAAUUGAACAAACCGACACACACACCCUCAGAACAUUUUCUCAUGCACGACACCAAUUUUAUGUUGAAAUGAAACUGCCAUUCCUUUUCCAGUCAUGUUGGUAUUAGCCAAACCUGCAAUUGUGCUGCAUUUAUUACCCUCUACCUGUGUUAAUUAUACGCUGCUUAAAUUGCUAGCUUUUAUGGACACACUGCCUAGUUAGGAGAAAUAAUUUCCAUAGCUAGAUAUUUAGUUCAAAGAGCUUCAAUAAGACUUCCGGAUAAAACAAAGCGUGGGAAAGAUGGCUGCUUACAGUAAAUUCUAGAUGUGCAUGCCAGGAAAAUAGGAGCACUCUCUGCUGAAUGGGCUUCUGUAGGAAGUGUGGCCAUUUGUUUCUUGAAUUCAAAGCCAUUCAGAACAACAUACAGCUGUUCUGAUCUUAGUCCUAUACACAUUAGUUCUAUACACAUUAAGAAAAAAGUUACAAUCACAGUGAAGCUUACUAACACCACUUAGAAUAUUCCCCCCUCCUACAUUUGCCCUAAGCUUCCCGCUGCACCAGAGUUGUCACCAAAAUGCAGAUUCCUUUCGCUAUCCCUGUGGGAAUCACCUAUUGUGGAAAACGGCAUUGGCUGGAGACGCAAGCUUAUGUGGAUCUUGCGCCAUGUGGAUUCACCCGGGACAAAAUCUUUAUUUGGAAAAGAUGUAAUUUUACUUUUCUUUCACUGGGCCUUCUCAUUAAUUACAUGUGUAUGUUGUUGUUUUUCAUCCCCAGCCAUCUACCUAGCCAAGAAAAAUAUCAAAAGGAAAGGAGUUUUAGAAGAAUAUGAAAAGGUAAGAAAGUAUUAUGGCAUCUUGUGCAAGCUUUUGGCUAAGCUAGGGGGUGGAGGUGUCUUGGCGCUGUGGGUUAAACCACAGAGCCUAGGACUUGCUGAUCAGAAGGUCGGCGGUUUGAAUCCCCACAAUGGGGUGAGCUCCCAUUGCUCGGUCCCUGCUCCUGCCAACCUAGCCGUUUGAAAGCACGUCAAAGUGCAAGUAGAGAAAUAGGUACCACUCCGGCGGGAAGGUAAACGGUGUUUCCGUGUGCUGCUCUGGUUCGCCAGAAGUGGCUUAGUCAUGCUGGCCACAUGACCGGCUCCCUCUGCCAAUAAAGCAAGAUGAGCGCCGCAACCCCAGAGUCGGCCACGACUGGACCUAAUGGUCAGGGGCCCCUUUACCUUUAAUAUUUGCUUUAAGGGCCCCCAACCAAAGGUUGUGGGGCCUCAGUGUGACAUCACAGAAGGCUAUGUACAAUGUCGAGAGAUGCCACAGGGAUCAGCGCAGCCUGGUGUGAGGUCACAUUGGCCUGCGCAGUGUCUCCUGGUGCUGCAGGAAUCCACGCGGACUAGCGGAAGGUUGCACUAGACUGCGCAGCGUCUGGAGUUGUGUGUGACGACAUGUGGUGGCUCCCCCAAUCUUGGGGGCAACCUGCGCCUCUGGUAAAGCACAUCCAUGGCGGUGGAGCAUUAAAGCUCAGUAGUGGGACAUGUGCUCUGCGUGCAGAAGAUCACAGUCUCUGACAUCGGUCUGGCAGGGCACCACUGCAGGUUAACUGCAGACAAUACUGGGCUACCUAGGCUGAUGAUCUGACUUAGCAGAAGGCAGCUUCCUGUGUUCCUGUAAUUCCUGUAAUUCAGCCAAGAUUAGCAGCAGCCCUGAGCUUUUUGAUAGCAUGUAGUUCCAGCAUCAUAGAUUCACAACUGUAGUGUUUCCGCCCCCACUUCUCUACUUUCAGAUUUUGGUUUCCCCCCUCACCUAUUAAACUACAUCUAUUAAACAGAUUUGUCAACUUAAAUAUACACCAGAUUGCUACAACUGCAGUGGGCUAAGCUAAUAAAUCUUACUGAGAAAUCUCAUCAAUCUUACUUGUUCCGUGUUUCGUACGUGUGGCCGUGUGCUGUAGCACUUUAUCACAUCCUUCGCGCUGCGAGCGAAACAGAAGUCUGUGUCUUUCCUUGCUGUCUCACUGCUGCUGUUUUUCCAGGAAAAUUAUAACACGCUGCACAAAAAAAUCAACCACAAAUGGGACUUCGUUGUUAUGCAGGCCCAGGAACAGUAUAGGUGAGAUGCUUAACACUGUUUCCCCCCCCUCUUUUCGCCUUUGUUUUGAGUGAUGCAGUGAGCAGUAAGCAAUUUUCAAGUUCUCAGUAGCCGAGGAAUUAUAACACAUUCCUAUUCUCUCUAAAACAGCUUUCAAAAAUUGACACGGACUCUUGCUACAUCUGUGAAACUCUGCCUUGGCUUUUGCACCUGCCUGUUACCAAAUGAGCUUGCAGUUCUGCUUACAAAUAACCACACUGGUGGCAGUUUGUGCUGCCUGCUUGAAAGGUGUAAAUACUGCUUUCUGUCAAUGCAGUUUCAUUUUUCUCUGAUAAUGAGGGUGCCUGACUUGGAAAUCCAUUUUCAGAGAACUCUUCUACUGAUUCUCAGUAGCAGGUUUUUAUUUUUUUUAGAGCUGUUGGCAGUAGCUGUUCUUUUGCACUGGUGGGCUCAUUGUGCUGGUUUCAGCUAGUGGAAUUGGGGUGGUUGGAUCUGGCUCAAGCUGUCGGUGUUUGGUGAUGUCCAUCGAUAUCUUUGACCAUGUACUAAGCCAGGAAACCUUAACAAAAUGUCUUAAGUGAGUCUACAAAAGCAGAGUUGCUGUGACCUCUGUGGUUGCUGGCUAAAUGGCGUUUCCUGUGAGAUAACUUGAAAGGAUGAUUGUGCUCACGCUUAGGGAAUGUGUCUUGUCCUCACAUCAAAUUCGGUGGUAACCAUUGUAACUUUCCCUUUACCAACAAGGUCUGCAGGCUCUUCACUGCAGUUCGUCCAUUGUCUGCUUGCACAGCAUCUGUGAUAUUAACUCCUCCUCCCCAGUUUGGUGUCAUUUGCAAAUUUGAUGAGCCAUCCCCUUAAUUCCUUCACCCAAUAUAUAAAAAUGUUGAACAGUAAUGGGCCAAGAACAGAAUGUUGUGACACCCCACUUGUCACUUAUUUCCAGGAUGAUGAAUAACCAUUAGUGAGCAUUAUUUGGGGCUGGUUGAUUAACCAGCUACAAAUCCACCUAACAGUCACCUCAUCCAGUCCACAUUUUACCAGCUUCUCCACAAGAAUAUCAUGGGGGACUUUGUCAAAAGCCUUACUGAAAUCAAGAUACACUGUGUCCACAGCAUUCCCCUGAUCUACCAAGUCUAUCAGAGAGAGAGAGAAAGAAAUUCGUCUGGCAUGACUUCUUUUUGAGAAACCCCUGCUGCAUCCUAGUAAACAAAGCAUCCUUUUCUAAGUGCUCACCGACAGACUGUUUAACUAUCUGUUCUAGCACCUUUCCUUGUAUUGACAUCAAUAGUGACCUAGGUCUUCCUUUUCCCCAACUCCAGUCCUCAGGUGCCUCACCAAGAAUUCUAAAAUGCUGGUUGCGAUUUGAGCAGUCUGGUAGAUGUGUGGAGCCCUUGGGCCAGGGAACUUUCUGUUCCCUCCUAUCAUUCUGUGGAUAGUUAUUUUAUUCUAUUUAAGUAGCCCACUUUGUACGUGGUUCACCAUGGAAAAGUAGUGUCUGUAUAAACAACACUGAUGGUGAUUUUAGGGGGGGGGGAUUCUACUCUGACUUUUGGUUCAGUCGCUAAAGGGUAUAGUCAUGUGGACAGGAGAGGAAGGAUGGGAGGAAGAGUGCCUGUAUCCAAAAAGGAAAAUCCUCACAGUAAAAUCGUAGGCAGUGGACCAUUCUGGAACAUGAGAAUUAAGAAAUAAUUUCAUUAUACACCAAAUUCCUGGUCCAUGUUAUGCUACUUGCCAGGGAUGUGCAGGUAGUCCUGUGACAGGGAAGUGGGCCUAUUCCGCUUUGAUUUGUUGAAAUGACACUUCCCUCCUGAAUUUGCAGGACAGGAAAAGAACGAAAGAAGGAAGAUCGAUAUGCUCUGGACUGUCAGGAGAAAGCCUAUUGGCUAGUGCACCGAACAGCUGUAAGUGAAGAAUAGACAUAUCUAGUAAACAAUGUGGUUCUGUGAUUCUCAUUAGAGUAAUAAUAAUAGGAUCAUAUUAUUGUAGAGUUUGAAGGGACCCCAAGGGUUAUGUGGUCCAACUCCCUGCGCUAUAGUUUUGCACACCCGAAUCGGUGAGUACUAAGAGGUCUAGGGGGCUUUGGCUUAACGUUUCCUUAGAAUGAAGGUCAUGGGAAGCCGUGGUUUCUUUCUGCUGUAUGGUUUUAUUUCAAUGUACAUGGAAACGGAGCAUAUGAAAGAGGUUCACAGCAUGAACACCCUUAUAUUUUAUGACACACCUUAUUUCUGUAAUUGUGAGUUGUUUGGAACAGUUUUAAUAUUGUGUUUUAACUGUUGCAACCCACCUGGGAUCUUGGAGUGAAAGGUGGACGACAAAACUGUAUUAGUAAUACAGUCAUACCUUGGGUUAAAUAUGCUUCAAGCUGAGCGCUUUUGGGUUGCACUCCGCGUCGACCCGGAAGUAACAGAACGCGUUACUUCUGGGUUUCUCAGCCCGCGCAUGCGCAGACGGUUAAAAUGAUGUCACGCGCAUGCCUGGAAGAGAUGAAUUGCAACCCACGCAUGCGCAGACGCAGGUUACAUUUGCUUCAGGAUGCGAACGGGGAACCAGAACGGAUCCCGUUCGUAUCCAGAGGUACCACUGUACAAAUCUUGAGCUGUUAUUAAGUUUUUGGUGGUUCCGUCCCCAAAACCGUGGCUUUGGAUUCAGUAGAGGUGUCACGUCAAGUCAAGUUCAAGAUGAGACUGACUAUUCUUCAACACUUUCCUCCUGCUGGGACCCAAUUUUAGCUCACCUUACAGAAGCCUCUGUAGCUAGUAGCUUCUUUGGCAACCAGUUGCCUGUACUCUUUAGACAUGCAAGGAGACAGACUUGACAAGAGCCGUCAACAUAACAAAGAGACUGGUUUGUCCACUUUGGCAUUAUCUUUUUUCUACAGAAUCUCAUCUCACAGUUUUAACUCUUGCAAUAGGUAGUUUGGAAUCACUGCAAGGGAGAAGGGAGGAAUGGCUCUUCUGGCAGAGAGAUAAGGACGCCCAGAUAUCCUGCUUCCUGCAGGUGGGGGAAGUGAGGCACAAGCUUGCACAGGAAGCAGCUGGGGUUUAAGCCCCUGUCUUCUGAGAACUGUGCAUGCUGCAUACAUCUGUGUCGGGUGCAUUUAGUUCCUUGAAGUCAGCUUCUGCAGCUUGACCUCAGUAAUUGCAAAGGGGUUGCGAUCGCACUCCCACCCGCCAAACGCAGCAGGAAGAAUGGAGGCAAACCUGAUACAGUGGUACCUCAGGUUACAUACGCUUCAGGUUACAUACACUUCAGGUUACAGACUCCGCUAACCCAGAAAUAGUGCUUCAAGUUGAGAACUUUGCUUCAGAAUGGGAACAGAAAUCGUGCUCCGGCGGCGCGGUGGCAGCAGGAGGCCCCAUUAGCUAAAGUGGUGCUUCAGGUUAAGAACAGUUUCAGGUUAAAUACGGACCUCCGGAACAAAUUAAGUACUUAACCCGAGGUACCACUGUACACAAACGCACGGCACCACUGCCUCCUCUCAUGGCCUGAUCUAUCCGCGUUGAUCUUUCCACGCCCACGAGCGCUUUUGGGCGAAUCUUCCAUGCUGGGGAAAGACUCCAAGCUGUGGAGCACAGCACCGAGUUUCUGUUAUUUUGGAGGCACUUCUGGCAGAUGCCGGUGGGGUGUUUUCCUGAGCAGUGCCGCACUGAUCACAGCAUGCCGCAUGGCUCUGACACAUGCCAAAGAGCUACAUUCCCUAAUCCCAAGUCAUAAUCAAAGAUCCACUUUUAAUUGUGCACACGGUGUAAGCGGCCAACUGAGAGCCCAGCGGUUAACAGACAGAGAAGGUAUAAGCCUCCGGCAAAUGUCAGGCCGUAAUUGGAGCUUAGCUUGCGGGGGGGCGGGGAAAUACCAUCUGUAGAAAAGGCCCCUGUGCCACAGCAGCCCCUUUGGUCCUGGUUCAUCUACCCUGCAGAAUCCCCUUUGAUCACACCAGAGCUGAAUUUGGAUCUUUCUCUUUCUUGAGCUGUUUCCCCUCUUUUCGCCCUUUUAAGAUAGCGCUGGCUGGAGUUUAAUUAUUGAUGGCCAAACUUCAGCAGACGUCAGAUAGCUGAUCAAAAGCAAAGCUGUGCUCCAAGCAGAUGCGACAGCGGUACCAGUCUAUUUGCCAUGUCGAGGCACCCCCUUCCCUCACUGGGCAGGGUUUUCUCUGCAUUGUCCCAAGUUCCCAUGCCAAUAAUUUUAUUUUAUUUUUUGCUAAAAACACACUUAAAAACAUACAGAAGGUGCUGUUAUCGUUCAGUUUGUCAGGUGCGAUGAAAGACGAGACUCGCGUGCUUUUAAGAGACCUGUUGAAAAGGAAAAUUUGCCCAGUGGUGCUAUUCUCAACUGUUCAUUACCAUGGCCAUUGCUAGGAUAAGCCCGCUCACCCUUUCGCGUGCGGCGGCAUUGUAGGAGCCAGUGUGAUGUAGUGGUUAAGAGCGGUGGACUCAUAAUCUGGUGAACCGGGUUUGAUUCCCCGCUCCUCCACAUGCAGCUGCUAGUGACCUUGGGCCAGUCACACUUCUCUGAAGUCUCUCAGCCCCACUCACCUCACAGAGUGUUUGUUGUGGGGGAGGAAGGAAAAGGAGAAUGUUAGCUGCUUUGAGACUCCUUCAGGUAGUGAUAAAGCGGGAUAUCAAAUCCAAAUCCAAACACAUUGCGGGAUGGAGGAGGCUUCACUGGGGCCCCUAUGGAGGAAUUCAACCUGGCUGGGCUCUUCCUGAUGGGCGGAGGGGGCGUAAGCCUAUCAGGAACCGGAUCCUAUGCCUGCACCCAGUGGUGGAGCUUCAUGCUUCCCUUGGAUCCACCCCUCGCUUAUUUAAGCAGCCAGCACCCUGGGUUCAGCUGGUUUCUUCCUGCGCUGUGUUUUCUCACCAGUCUCUUUGGUCUCUCAUUAUAUGGGUUGGGUUAUGGGAAGUCCGAUGCCUGGUCCUGCAAGAACAUCAUAAGACUUGAAGACUCGGCCACCUGGGAUACUGGGCCCAUAGCAAGUGUGUCAAUGCCAGUGGACACUGCCAGGAUGCCAGGGCUCUGACACCUGCCCAGUGGGGCUGGGUGCUAAUGCUGAACUCAGCCACGGCUGUGCAUAGUCUGUGCCAGCCUUCACCAUUCUGGUGCCCUCAGAAUGUUUAGGACUAAAACUCCCAUUAGCGCCAACUAGCAUGACUGUGCUGAUGAGGGCUGAUGGGAGUUGAAGUCCAAAACAUCUGGCAAAAGGCUGGCAAAGGUUGCUCUGCACUGGAAACGAAACAGCGUUUUCCACCAAGAAUACUGUGCUCUGAGGAAAUUUGCAAAAUGGAACAAAUUUGCAUCUGUUUCCCCAUAGCUGCUUAUUUUUAUGUAUUGAAUUAGCAGUUGCAGAAUAUUGAAUUUUGUCUGCUUCUCUUAACCCUAGGAAUAGCCCAGGGAUUACUCGGGCAGAAUUGUAGAGAACACACAACGCUAGCUGUGGCAUAUUAAUUAAUAUUUCUGCAGCAAACACAACUAGAAUAAAGGUCUUUUCUAAUUUAGGCUUCUCUGGUGGACAAGCUGGUGGAGUUGGAGAAGUUUUAGGAAAGUAAAAAAAUUGGAGACCUUUUUGUUGGGGAUAGUUUUGAUGGAAAUUCCCAGGUGUCAAAAAAUGUUAUUUAUGUAUGCCACUACUGUGGCCCAUGUUUUGUUAGCCCCAAAAUGGAAAACGUGUGAGGUCCCAACUAAUGGCAAUUUAAGCUGACGGAAUAUGCACAGCUUGCAGACUUAACAUAUAGAAUAAGAGAACAAGAAGAACAUACGUUUAGAGAAGAUUGGAAAAUGAUUACAGGGGGAAAUUGUGUACACUUGAAAACAUUGGCAACAUUAACAUAAAUUCAACAGUGUAAAUAAGUUUUGAUGGAUGCAAUAAUGGAAUAAUGAAUGGUUUAGUUUAUGUAAAAUAUGCAGGGAUUUAUGAUAUGCAAAAUGAACUAUGGAAAGAGAAGAAGGGAAGUCACUCAUAUUUUAAGGAUGUUUAAAUGAGUAUUCUAAAUUGUAAAACAGAAGAUAUAUAUAAAAUUUUUGGAAUAUAUAUAUAUAGAGAGAGAGAGAGAGAGAGAGGUCAAAAAAGUAUUCCAAAAUUUAUUUGUCUUACCACUGGCAGCUAAAUAAUUGAUGCAAUCAUACUUGAUAUUAUAAACAAUAUUUUUUUAAAAACAACACAAAUAUGUAAUUGUAUGUUUUGUUGUUUUUUGACUGUAAUAGCCAGGGAUGCAGGACGCACUUGACUAUGGCUUAGACCGAGUAACUGAUCCUUGUGAAAAUACGGUAAACUAGGUAAGUUUGCAUUCCUUAGUAGCACUCUGAUUGUAUUUUUGAAUGGUGACAAAGCUUUCUGUAUCUGCAUUGUAAGGACAUAAGACCCAACGAAGUCAAGGUUGGGAUUGAAUGUCCGACAGCUGGGGGUGAAAAUGGGCAGAUAUGGAGGGGGUAUGAUGCAGUAUUGAGAAGAGAAGACUCGCUGGAAAAGACCCUGAUGUUGGGAAAGAUUGAGGGCACAAGGAGAAGGGGACGACAGAGAAUGAGAUGGUUGGGCAGUGUUCUCGAAGCUAUGAACAUGAGCUUGACCAAACUGCGGGAGGCAGUGGAAGACAGGAGUGCCUGGCGUGCUCUGGUCCAUGGGGUCACAAAGAGUCGGGCAUGACUAAACGACUAAACAACAACAUGAUGCAGUAUGCAAUCAUUACGGAGUUCCAGAAAAUGUUUGAUCCACACUGAUCACUCAGUUUUGAGUACCAACAAAAAGUAUGAGAGUGCUAACCAUUUCUGCCACUGGGUGUUUUCUUCUUUUGAAUAGGAAUAACAACUUAAUACAAAUAUAAUGUCUUGCUCAGGGUUUGUUUGACCUAGUUCUUACUAAGGCAGUCAACCUAUAUCCUAGCUGUUUUUAUUUCAGGGUGAUAUUAAACAAGGCGAAGGAGAUCUGUGAGUGGAACCCCUAUCGCUUUUGAUUUGGGCAAAUAUGAGUUGCAGGGGAGAGGAACUGGGUCCAGAUUGGGACUAUAGUGUUGCAGGGAGAGAGGGCUUAUCUAUUUGCUUCCUUGUGCCAUUUUCCAGGUGAAAUAGGCUACGACUGCAGCUCCUGGUUGCUGCCUUAGGGAAAAUUCAUAUGCCUGGGAAUUUCCCCUGAGGUCGAAUAGCAGCUUGGAACAGAUAGGGGAGUCAAAUUUCAGCAAGCAAAGCAGGUGUAGGGGAAAAGUUAAACCCCUCCCUUCCACCAGUGCCCUGGUCCUGAACUGAACUGAACUGCAUCCCUCCCACAGCCAAAAUACAAUGGUACCUUGGGUUACAAACACGUCGGAUUACAAACACUUCGGGUUACAGACUCCGCUAACCCGGAAGUAGUACCUUGGGUUAAGAACUUUACCUCAGGAUGAGAACAGAAAUUGUGUGGCGGCGGCAGCAGCAGCGGUAGGCCCCAUUAGCUAAAGUGGUACCUCAGGUUAAGAACAGUUUCAGGUUAAGAGCGCACCUCCAGAACGAAUUAAGGUACCACUGUAUGAAGAGGUAUGGGAUGUGAUUAUGCCAUCUUACUUGACCUUCGGACUGCAGCUGGGAUUUAAUUAGUUUUUACGUGGAAGGAUUUCGAUUUAAAAACAUCACGGGCACCUCAUGGAAAAGGGGUCCUAGCCUACCUUCCCAUAUUAGGGUUCUGCGUUGGAGUGGGAUUAUUCGUGGGGGAUAUUCAGCCAUGCAAUAAUGCAGAGGGAAGAAAAGCUCUGGCAGCAAUAGUUUAAAGAGACAGAAGUUCUAUUAGUUGUGACCCGAAGUGGUGCAGCCCAAACCUAGCUUCCCUGCGUCAGAUUUAAAUUCAGUCAAGGCCUUAGCAUGAAUAGGAUAAAGGUAAAGGGAUCCCUGACCAUUAGGUCCAGCCGUGACCAACUCGGGGGUUGCGGCGCUCAUCUCGCUUUAUUGGCCGAGGGAGCAGGUGUACAGUUUCCGGGUCAUGUGGCCAGCAUGACUAAGCCGCUUCUGGCGAACCAGAGCAGCACACAGAAACGCCGUUUACCUUCCCGCCGGAGCGGUACCUAUUUAUCUACUUGCACUUUGACAUGCUUUCGAACUGCUAGGCUGGCAGGAGCAGGGACUGAGCAACGGGAGCUCACCCUGUUGCAGGGAUUCGAACCGCCGACCUUCUGAUCGGCAAGCCCUAGGCUCUGUGGUUUAACCCACAGCGCCACCCACAUCCCUUCAUGAAUAGGAUACUGUAGCUUAAUUUUGUGUAGGGCAGGCCGAGAGCAACAGUGGAGCAAGCCGAUCGGGCACCUGGGAUGGUGCGCAUGCCCUGUGCUCACGGCAGGACCAGCCGCUCACGGGAGCGGGGCGCGGCCAGCUGGGACAGGACGCUCUGUGGGGCCUCCAAGGAGUCUGCCUGCCUCCUCUCACUUAGUGGGCAGACCAUUUGGGGCAGCGUGGAGCCUGUGGGCACCCAAGCCACCACAUCACUCCCAGGAGAGAUGCGUGGCUCAGGCGCACUGCAGGCCUUGCAGCGAGUGCCGCCCGGCAUUUUGCCAACCCCCUCAGUGGUGACACCCGGGGCGGACCACCUCCACCGCACCCCCUUCCUCUGCCCCUGGCUGAGAGUACAUUCUGUAGCCAUGUUAACUUAGCUUCUCGCGGAGAAUGAAGGGAAUAGGGGAGACCGCAAACCAGGCAGUUGAAGUGAUCUGUUAUUUAUGGGCCUGCAGCUGAAGGUGAGGCUUGUAUGCUGCUUGUCCGAACCCUCUUUAUAGCAAUUGUUUUCAUCAAACCCUGCGCAGUACUAAUCAAACUUUCCAUUUGCGUGAGGACUCUCAGCUGCAAAUAAUUGCGGUGGCCAAGUGGGCUUGGUUGCCAUGGAGACUGAAGAGGAGAGCUAAAUGCUGAGGCUGAGGAUUUACCUCUUACCGUUAAGAGGAGGUGGCUGGCAUGUCUUUUUUGAAAGGAGAACAGGAGUCUAUGUCAGCCGGUACGGGACCAAAUAUAGACUUCAGGAGGAGGUUAUCAUGCCAAGCUAUGUCAUAUCAUGCUUGUAUUUACAGAGUCCUACAGAGAGGGAAGAUUUUGGUGUGUGUUUUUAAUGCUACAGAAUCCUACUCUCCCCGGACCUGUUUACACAUGCAAGCCUCAACACUUUCAGAACUGGCUGCUUUCCAUCUUUUCCCCAAUCCUGACUAAUAAGGCUUCUGUCUUUUUAAAAUCUCUUCCCUCCCUGCGAUGUAGUUGAAUGCUCCAUUUCUCUUGAGACUCAGAAGCACCUCUUCUGUUGGGGAGAGAUGCAGAUUGAAUUGGGGUACUGGACGGGAGAGGCAUUUCAUAGUGAACUCAUCAAUGCUUCUUCACAAUGAGCGGAAGCUGUGGGAGCAGCAGGUUGUAAAGAGACAGACUUAGACGCAGAAAAUCUGAGAGGCAGGAGCUGUGCGGGGAAGACGAGCUGGUUCCUCCCCUUCCUGGUGAGCAGAGCGGAUGAGAGUACCUAGGACAAAAUAGAGUCCCCGUCCUCCACAGCAAUAGCAGACAGACACACCUAAAUGCCGGUGAAAUGCAGCCCCUUAGUAAUUGACAGACAAGCACAGGAGUGAGGAAUUUGUGGCCCUGUAGAUAUUAAUUCAUGGGACGUGUAGAUAUUAAUUCCUGUAGAUAUUAAUUCAUGGGACGUGGGUGGCGCUGUGGGUUAAACCACAGAGCCUAGGACUUGCCGAUCAGAAGGUCGGCGGUUCGAAUCCCUGCGACGGGGUGAUCUCCCGUUGCUCGGUCCCUGCUCCUGCUAACCUAGCAGUUCAAAAGCACGUCAAAGUGCAAGUAGAUAAAUAGGUACUGCUCCAGCAGGAAGGUAAACAGCAUUUCCGUGCACUGCUCUGGUUCGCCAGAAGCGGCUUAGUCAUGCUGGUCACAUGACCCGGAAGCUGUACGCCAGCUCCCUUGGCCAAUAAAGCGAAAUGAGCGCCCCAAUCCCAGAGUUGGUCACGACUGGACCUAAUGGUCAGGGGUCCCUUUACCUUUAGAUAUUAAUUGGUCUUCAGCUCCCAUCAGCCAUAGCCAAUGAUAAAGCCAAUGAUAAGGGAUGAUGGGAAGUGGAGUCUAACAAUAUCCGCAGGACCACAGUGCUGGGCAUGUAGGAAGAAUGAUUCCUGGGUUCUUCUAUAACACAUCCAGACUUCCAGGGUGGCGGCAUCUGGAGAACGCACACAACAGUUUGGGCUAGGAACGCACAUCCGGAAAGGCCCACUGCAAUUGUGCACAGGGAAAGAUAGUUGGGAAACGUGAAACAGGUUGAUGCUGUUUGGCCUUGUUUCCCUUAAAUAAGCGUCCUGUGAAAAUACAGAUAUAAUAUGAACUCUCAUGGCAACUGGUAUCAAAUAGAGAAGUGAAAGCCUGAUUGAAGGCGAUAGAGGUUUGUUUGUUUGUUUGUUUGUUUGUUUGUUUGUUUGUUUAACACAAAAAGCAGUGGGAAUUUUAUGAGCCCAGUAGAGUGGGGAGUGAUGGCAGGAGUGGAAUCAUAUAAGUAUCAUUUGGCUACAUCUAUCUCCCUGCAAAGGAGAAUUCUUUUGUGACUGGUUCACCAAAGGACCACCCCUUUCCGUAUGAUGAUUUUAUGGUCUAAAUUUGAAACAUGGAGGUUGUUUUUAUAGAUUUAUGUAUUUUGUGUUCUUUGUGUUUUAUGUGCAGCUAUAUUUUGUGCUUGGAGUAUUCUAUAGCCUGCUUCACACUUCACGGCAAACCAUACUUUGAAACAAACUAUGGUUUAAUGUGAUUGAGCAGUGUGCUGAAAAGUUCUAGUUCUGCCCCUGCGCCCUGUCCCACUCCUGCUGCUGCCACACUGCCAGGAAACAAGCAAGAGUCUGGUUUGUCAUGAAAUCUGAAACCAGGCUCAUGGUUUGUUUCUCUUUAAAACCAGUGUUUCUCAAACUUAGGUUCCUAGCUGUCAUUGGACGAAACUCCCAUCAUCCCUGUCCACUGGUCCUGCUAGCUAGGGAUGAUGGGAGUUGUAGUCCAGCAACUGCUGGAGACCUAAGUUUGAGAAAAACAGUUCUAAACAAACUACAAGUGGUAUCCAGGGUUUGUUCUUGGCUUAUUACUCAAGGUUUAUUUUGGAGCAAACAGCCCAAAUAAUAACAUGCCAGAAUCUGACUUCUUCCCUGGUGCUAUGUUUUGUGAUUAGCACAAAUCUCUUUGAAGUCCAUACUGGGUAAACUGCAUUUUUACAUUUUUUAACUAGCUAAUAGAGCGCAACAGGAACACUUUGUAUGGAGUCCCUUUGUCCAGGCCCUUUGUGCUUUGUUGUUGAUCAAUGUCAAUGUCAAACGAGAAGAUUAUGUUAAAUCUGGAGAGACACUUUCAUGAGCUGCUGUACCGAUGGGGGGAAAUGCAGCAAAUAGCUUCUGUAAGACAGUUCAAUGCAUUGUGAGUUUUGUUACUGUUUUCAGUGAAUUCUAGGAUUUGUUCAGUUGAGUCCAUGACCAAUAGAAUAUAGGGGUGACAACCCUGAACUAACAGCUCGUUGCAUUUAGAGAAAUUAUAAAUAGAGAAUGAAUGAAUAGUAAAUAACAAAGCGAUGACUAAAAUGGAAGGGGGAAAAUAGCAUGGAUGAUACUAUUCACGUUGGAAUAGCAAAUAUGAUAACCAUUUAAUUAAGAGCUUUGUUUCUUUCUGAAAUAGUUAAUUAACCAUUUCCCCCUGUCUUUCUUUUCUCUUUCUUUCCAGUUUAUUUUUCUGGGAUGUGUGCAUGACCUUCCUGUCUGUGAAGUCCUGGGUUGAUUGUUCCGUAGAAGACUAAAGUUCUAUAACCUCCAUAUGAGUCACAUUCUGUUAUUUCACCUCUGUUCCCCUUAUACAACUGUACUGUGUACCUAAGAAAUGUCAUCCUUGGAAAUGAAGAUUAAUGGGAAUGAGGGACAGAUCUAAUUUAAAUUAGCAAGUUUUUUAUCUUUUAAUGCAAAACCUUUGCUUUCUGUGGAUUAGCCACACAAUUCAAUUAAUGUUUCCUGGGAACUCUGAUGGGAUUUGAGUGUAACUUUGGACUUUUCUAAUGGGAUGAUGAACUGCCUAAACAUGCAAAAAGGUUUCCAUUUUAGAGUCACGCACCAGGUGAAGUCUGUGGGUGCAUUUUUAAUUUUUUCCCUUGAAUAUCAGUUAAUAGUUGCCAUUCACUCCUAAGGGGGAAAUCAAUGUGCUUCAUUUGGGGGCAGUUCUGCCCAUCACCCCUGACACAGUUGCCCAGCCUCAAGGACUGCAUUGGGGAAGCCUUGGGCAAGCUACAUUGACAGGCAAGCCAUUUGCUGAACUUGACAUUCAGUUUAGGCACAUGUAUCAACAACCACAGGGAUAGAUUUCCUCACUGCAUUGUGCACUUAAAUCACAUGUAAAGUCAAAUGCGCAAUUGUAGCUUGUGAAGAAGUCCUCAUACAGUUGUAAGUUUUGAUACAGUUUAUUAUUGUCUCCCGAUUGUCAGACUUUUUAAGUGUUCACAGCAUAGUUCCAGAAGUCAGUAGCAAGAAGCAACAUCUACUGGUAUUCCCUAUGCUGUAGCAUUGCAGCUGGCAGAAAGCCCUGGUUCAUCCUAAGAAACUAAGGGUGUUGAUAGAUGAGACAUUGGCAGGACCUGCAAGCUGUCGUUUCCUAAAAGUUUUAACAGCCACAAUUGGCCCUGGCAUCACUUGGGACUGCAGUGCUGGGAAAAGCAGGUUAACCUUCCCCAAAAACGCUGUUUUCCUGUUGAAAAUUGCACCUGUCUCUGAACUUAGGGGCAAAAUGUGCAGGUAUUAUAUAGACACUAUGUGGCUCUUCUGGUGUCAUGACAUAUUGACCUGGUUUGGACAGUCAACUCAUGGUUAAAUAAGCCAGGAUAUGCAUGAACUCUGCACAUCUUCACAUAGCUUCUUUGCUUCCGCUCCACUCUUUCUGUUGCGAGAUCAGCUAAGCAAACCAAGAAGCUGAAGUUAGCUAUAGCUUCCUGCUAGAUCUAAACCAGCAAACCAUAGCUAAUGGCUUCUUGUUGAGCCAGGAAAUUAAGUAAUGGUUUAAAGCUGGCUUUCAAAUCCAGAUGUGCUUGGAAGCCAUUCUCUACAGUGCCUGGUUUGGACAUCAUGGGAGGCUGUGAUUAAUCACAGGGAAGGUUCUACAUGCAAGGUGCCCAGAGCUUCAUGCAUGCUCAGUGAUUGUCUAAAAGCAGCUAUUGUGUCGAUUAAUUCUUGCAUGCUUUUAUUUGGUAAGCGCUGUCCCUUUACAUAUUGGAUUAAGGGCCUAGCUACAUGUUACACACUAGUGUGUAUGACAGUAGUUCAGUCCUGCUCUUUAAAAAGCAAAGCCACUUGAAGGGGUGGGGAGCACGGGUGCUAAAACCCCUCCCUUCUAGCUGUUUUCUGGGAAAACCAUCUUCCAUGAAAUGCAAAUAUCCAUUUGGAAUCCAGCAGGGUGGGUGGGGUAGAAGUUGGGGAGUUUUGAGUAGAAAUCUGGCUGACAAAUCCCUCGCCCUCCUCAAAUGGCUUUCCAAGAAAUAAAGAAAGAGAACGGGCGCCCACAUCCUAUUGCAUGCAUUUGCAUAUUAUAAUUAGUUAGCCCCUUACACAUGGCAGGUUUGCAAGGCAUGAGCUGAGUGCGUACUUGGAUGUCAUAGAAGGAAAAGGGCCUCCACAAAACUUGGAGGCUUUCCUGACAGCCCUCGCUUGGCGUGCCUCUCCUCUGUUUCCAUCUGCUUAUUCCAAACAAAGUCACGGCAUGAUACUUCAAAGGGAGCUGCAGGAACAAACAGCCUGCAGUUAAUUUCUAGCUUUCAGUUGCUUGCUGGCUGGUGGAUGACACAUAACAUCAUCUGAGCUAUUUAAAUAGCAGCAUAAGCACAGCAGAUAUUGUUUCUGAGGCUUUUAAUUGCUAUGUUUAUGUUUUGCAAUAUGUCAGUUCCUGUCGCCUUUAACUAAUACUGAAUGAUCUAAUCCCUGUCUCCUAAAUGAAUCUGUAUUAGCUGCAUUAGAAUAACCCUGUAAUUAAAUGCACACACAUAUAUGGGCUGAGAGGGGAACAGGCAACGCUAUCUGCAAAGUUAAGCUUUACAAAAUCAUACAGCGGGUGGAAAACUCUUCACAUCAAUGUUCUCUUUGUUAAAUAGGCUCAGUAGAUGCUAGUCUGAAUUUAGCACUAAUUGUUAAAGUGAGUUGGGUAGAGAGCAAUGCACUAUUUUUUCAGAUACAGCUUUUUUGAACACCCAGUCAAUUAUUAUUAUUGUUGUUGUUGUUUGUUGUUGUUGUUAUUAUUUUGCUACCGUGUUCCUUUCUUUUACAGAAAAAAACCAUGGAUGUUUACAGGAGAGAGGUAAUUUCUUUCCCACAUAUUAAUCAGUGAUUGUUGUUGCUGUUAAUAACAAGUAAUAAUACAGUCCUGGUAAAAACCGCAUUUUCCUUGAAACCUUAUUCACAAGCCUUCAACUAAGUUUUACUCAAAGUAGACCCAUUAAAAUGAAUGCUGGCAAGAGUUUUCCACUUCUCACAGCAUGCUGUGGCAGGGGGUGGUGGGUGGGGGAGAGAAAAGACUGUGGCAGAAAGAGAGAUGACAAGAAAACAAGAUGACAGAAUGAGAGGAGGGCUGGCCACACCCACUUUUGACCCCUGGUCCCCAUCUGCCAUUGGGCUUUGGUCCCAUUCAAGGCCAGCAUGCAGCCUCCAGCAAAUCAACUCCAAGGGAAUAUCGUCCUUAACGAUCCCGGGAGGGAGGGAUUUGUACUUCUGCUUUACAGGCAGCCAGAUAAGGAUUCUUAGGGAGCUACAAUCUGGGUUUUCUAUCUCUUGUGUCCUUGGCAUGGCAACAGCUUUCCCCUCCAACAGUAUUUCAUGAUACCUUGGUGCAGAAGAUCUAAAAUCCUCCCCCUGCCAUGGUAAAAUAUAUAAAAUUCCAAAUUAUUUAAUCAUUGGUGAAGGUUUGGUAACCCCUCAGUCCACACAUGCUGUUUAAUUGCAGGGACAGCUCUUUGCCCUCGCUCCCCGACUCCCCAGCUACCAAUGCUCAGCCCAAAUUACCAACUUGAGACCACAUGUAGCGCAUUUGCACUUACAUGUCAAUUAAUGUACAACCCUCACAGUUCACCCACCCAUGCACAAGUGUGUGUGUUUGUGACUUCAUCCCAUGUUGGUCCCCUUGACUAGCCACGCCUCACAUUGUUGCAGAUGGAGGUGACUGUAGGAAUAGCCCAGACGGGGCUCUUUGCAUAGCAGGGGAUGCGUGGAUAGAAGAAGAGCUCUGCUCUGGACCAGGCCAAGGGCUCAUCUAGUCCAGCGGUUUGCUCUUAAAAUGGCCGACCAGAUGCCUACGGGAAGCCUCCAAGUAGGACUUUAAAAAACACACACUAUUUAACCAUUUUUUCAAUACAAACAUCAACCACAAAAGACACAUACAACAAAAACCAUAAUAACAAUAAUAACACAAUUUGACAAUUCAGAUUUGAAUACACUGAUAUACCUAUGACUACACCUUUUUAAACAAUAUUUCCCCACCUCUCUCUCCUCCCCCUACUUCCCACCAAUAUCCGCCUUAUCGCUUAAGGCGGAUUCGUUCCAUAUUUCUUCAUAUUUAUCCAUUCUUAUUUUGUGUCGACAUGCAGUUUGUUCGUAUGUAGCUAAUCUGUCCAUAUUAUCAAUCCAUGUGCUCAAUGGAAUCUUUUUGAAGUUUUUUUGCUUCUAAUAUAGCACGGUACACCCAUUUUUUUUGCUCCCUUGAAAUCUCCCACAUUUCCGUAAUAUAAUUUAGAAUUAAAUUAAAUUCCCCUAAAUAACAAUUUAUUUUUAUUACUCUUGCUAUAAAUAUCCUCACCUCACACCAAAAUGAUCUUAUCAUCGGGCAGUUAAUCAACAUAUGUACUAAGUUCGCAUUUUUACUCCCAGCAGUUGUCUGCACUUGUUAUUUUCUUCUGGUAUAAUUUUGCUGGAGUCCAGUGGACUCUGAAUAUUAUUUUCUGUUGAAUAAGUCUUAGUCUUAGAUCCAUAGAGGCUAUUUCUGUUGAUUUUAUACUUGACUCCCAUAUGUCAUUUGUUAUCUGUACCCCUAACUCUAAACUCCAUUUUUGUCUUUCAUAUUCUAAAUCAUAUUUCUUCCUGUUGAGUAGGGUUUUAUAUAGUGCAAGUGUAGAGUUUUUUGUUUUUGUUGCACUCUCCCCACCUGUGAUUCCUGGCAACUGGCAUUUGGGGACACGCUCCCUCUGAGAGCCAGUGUAGUGUAGUGAUUAAGAGCGGUAGUCUCAUAAUCUGGUGAACCGGGUUCGUGUCUCCGCUCCUCCACAUGCAGCUGCUGGGUGACCUUGGGCUAGUCACACUUCUCUGAAGUCUCUCAGCCCCACUCACCUCACAGAGUGUUUGUUGUGGGGGUGGAAGGGAAAAGGAGAUUGUGAGCCGCUUUGAGACUCCUUAGGGUAGUGAUAAAGCGGGAUAUCAAAUCCAAGCUCUUCUUCUUCUUCUUCUGACAAAGGAGGUUGAAUGUGGCCAUCAUCAUCAAUCAGUAUUGGCUAUUGGAUUAGCUUUUGUUUCAUUAUGCGUUUUGUGUUCUCUGUGAUCGUCGGAGGAAGGGAGGUAUGCAAAUUUAAUAAAUGAUAAUGUUGUUGUUGAUGAUGAUGAUCAGUGGUGUGUGGUGAAACUUUUCAUAGGCGAACAGUUAGGGCCAGAGGUGCCAGUUUGUGAGGGCGAUGUCACAUGAGCAAUGUUUUGAUGUCCUGAUGUUGCGCAUGUGAGCAUUGCGGCUCCCUCCCUAAGCUGGGCAGAAGCUUCUUGGGCUUUGGGAAGGAGGCGCAUAAUGAAACAAAAGCUAAUCCAAUAGCCCUGCUCCCACAAGCACAUCUAAAAGGCCCUAGUAGCUUCUGAUAGCCUUCUCCUCCAUGAAUGGAGCCUUCCAAAUGGUAUCUGCUUCAACUUUUUGUAUUUCCAUUGUGAGAAUUUUACAAUGCAGGAAGCUGAUUUCUGGACACUCACCUAGGUAACCUUCUUAUAAGGGUAUAGGAAACCUCUUGCUAGCUUCUUGGUAGAUGAGGAUUUCUCGCAAGCGCCUGUGGUUCUGCUGACAUAAUGAAAACUGUUUUCCUGCUUAGAUCAUGUACUACCAGCAGGCCAUAAUGAAAACCACAGUAAAGUCCUCUGUCUCCCUGGGAGGGUAAGUGCUAACUUUGUUUUAAGGCAUAGCAUAUUAUGCCCUUCCAUUUAUUAGUGAUUGAGGGCUUACACACACUUAACUUUUCCGCCACUCUUUCCAAGCGCAGUCCGUGACUUAAAGCUUUUUGUCCAAGCACACCCACCCACCCCAUUUUUUGUUUGUUUGUUCUGGAGCUUUCCCUUUGAAAACCCACUCUUUAAAGCUCAAUCAGAGCAAAUGUCAAUCCACAGAAAACCUGAAUUGAUGCUUGCUCCGAUUCAGCUUUAAAGAGCGGGUUUUCGUGGGGAAAGCUCAGGGCAAAAAAUUAAAAAUGCUCCGACACACGAGUGUCACAGCACAGGCCACUGUCUAGAAAGAGUGGGCCCAAAGGUCAGUGUGGAUAGGCCCUAAUUCAAUACUUUCAAUAAUGUGAUUUAGCUAGUGGUUAUUUUAAAAAGAAAAGAAAAGAAAUGGCAGGAAGGGUAUCUGUUUUGAGCUUUGCCCUUUCUGACCUGGAAGCCUUUCUUUCUAAUCUCAGAUCAUAGUACCAUAGAAUUGUCGAGUUGGAAGGCUCAUCUAUUCAAGGCUAAGUUACACGAAUCCACCUCCGUUCAAGAAUUCCUGGCCUGAACGGAAUGGGGCAGUGGGGUCUCUUCUCUUCGCCUGAUACACUGCCUGCCCCUGGGAGACAUCGCCAUGUGAAUCUCCCCCUCUGAACUCUCCUGCUCUUUGUCAGGCUGGGCCACUGAAUGCUCCCCAUCCUCCACAGGCUGGGAAAGGGCAGGGGGACAGUAUCUUUCCCAGCGGAAGCAUCUAGAAGCAGGAGCUUUCUAUUAGCCUAGAGGGAAGCCAAAGCUAAGGGGACCAGAUGCACGUCAAAUUACACUUGCUAAAAUUCCCUGUUCUGCACAACUAUUGAAGAAAGUGCAGGAUCGCUUUACGGUUUUGCACCUGGCCUCCUCAGCCAAAACUGCCGUCUGUUUUCUGGCAUGCAUGAGCAAGCAAUAGCUGGAAAGCACUGCCAGGCUGGAAAAAAGCCCAGGUGCAUGCCUGCAACGAAGCAUGCAAACACCAGGAAUGCAGCCAGGUUUUUGAGUUUUUAAAGUAAGAUAACACAAAGUUGGAUACCUGCCAGGUUGAGUGUCUGCUAACGGAGGCCCAGCUCCCAUCAACUCAUUGCAUGAUUAAGCAAACUGGUUGCCUAGAAACAUCAUUUGGUGCAGCUCUUCCUGGACAUUGGCACUUCAGACUGCAGGUUUUAAUAAUCUCCCGUGUUAAAAUAGCUUUCUAGAGAGAAACUACCAUAUCUACAGGAAGGCUAGGCUAUGCCACUUUCCCUCCAUGUAGUUGCUUUCCGCUACAUAGGUGGGGUUUUUUUUUAUACAUUCAGGGGUACAUUUAAACCCAUGAUCCCUCACCUGCAUUCCAAAGUGGUGGAGUCCAGGCUAGGCUUUGUCAGGUGAUAUUCUGGAAUGUGUUGUCCAGCUUUGAGUUCCCCAUAGGCAUAUGCAUAUAAUGGAUUGUUCAGCCUUUUCGCUCUUCUGCAGUGAGCUUAGAACCAACACAAAAUUUGUAACUGUUUUGUGAAAUGAUGGGUAUAAAAAUCACUGUUGGGCUAGGUAGGAAGGUUCCAAGUGUUAUAAUUCACAGCACAGAACGUCCUUCAUCUUGUGCAGUCGUUGAAGUCAUUCGUAGUUUCCUUCCUACCGUGCUGUUUAUGAUGUUGCCCACAGAUGAUCACCUUGCUUUCAUCUCCAAUGUUUUCAGAAUUGUGAAGUACUGUGAACAGUUCCGCUCCAAUGACUGCAUAAUCUCAGGAUGCCUCCCCAGCAACCCCUGGAUCUCAGAUGAGGUUGACUUUUGGGAUUACAAUGCAAAGCUGUAUGUACUACAUUUACAUUCAUUUUGUGAGUUACAGUGACUUUACCUAAGCAGGGGUGAAUCUGUCAGUUUCAGUUUCUCUUAGGCUCUCAUUUUCCCAAUCUUAAGCACAAUUCUCCACAUUUCCACAUCAGUUUGAGAUUUUAUUUUAUUUAUUUUUUAAAAAAGUUCACAUGAAAAUUCACCAGCCUUUUUUGUGCAAAUUUCUCCUUACGUAUGUUUCUGUGCAAUUUUGCUUGAUAUACACUUUUUUUUUUGGCAAAGCAAUUUCCCCUUAUAUAAUGAACACUUUAUCUCCGUUAUAUGCAUUAUAUUCACAUUACUUGGCUGAAGAACAAGUGUGCAUUUUGAAGGAUGACCGUGUUUCGGUUUUUACAGUACAUUGUUUUGGACAGGGGUCAGCAACCCGCGACUCCGGAGCCGCAUGUGGCUCUUUUACACCUUUGCCGCAGCUCCGGGGCGGAUACUAGCGAGGGGAGGAGGCGCAUUGUGCGCCCCGACACUCCCCACUGUGGCGGGCGCUGUACUGGCUGUGACGUCGCAUGGGGGCGGUGCAUGCGUUAGUCACGCACCGUCCUGACGUCACCUUCCCGCCCGCCCGCUACAUUGUAAGGGGCAUGUACGCUGGUCACUGUUUUGAAGGGGAGUGAAGAACACACACACACAAAAAAGGUAACUUGUUAAUUUAACGUUUAUUUCUAUGAGGAGGAGUAAUUCUGAGGGGUCAAACAAAGAAAUAAUAAAAAAAAGUGACAAAAAAGUUAUUUUUAUAAUGACAAGUUUUGCGGCUCCCAGUUUUUUCCCCUUCGGAAACGGGUCCAAGUGGCUCUUUUUGUCUUAAAGGUUGCAGACCCCUGGUUUUGGAAAAUGUGUCUUUGGAAAGCAGAGGAGAGGCAUUUGUAACACGGAUGAGCAUUCUUGACCGAGAUAGGUUUUACCUUCCCAUUACAAACCUGUUUUCAAAAAGAGCUGCUUCAAGCCUCAUGAAUGUUGGCCUAAGAGAGGGGUGCAGAAUCUUUGUCGUUGUUGUUAUUGAGAACUAUGCUGUGUCAGGAAUAAUCUGUUGGCAGCCAUGCUGUUGGUGGACAGAGUCAGAGUCAGUGGUGGAAAGUAGCUGAAACCAGUGGUUGGCAAAAGUGGACGAGACCAGAGCUAAACACAGGUGAGACAAACUGCAUCCUCUCUGUUUGGCCUUCUUUCCUGUCUCUCCCCUGUUGCCACCUACAGGAAGUUAGGUCUAGGGCUGCACACUUCUCACCCUGGGUGAAGAGCUGAUCUGAGCAUGCUCUGGUGUUAGUUGCAGGUGCCAACGCAAAUAUAUGCCUCCUUGUUACGGUGUGCCUUCUCCAAAAUGGAAUUAGGAUUCGUGCUUUGUCGUUGGACAAUGGGAAUCAAUAAUACCUGCUCAGUGAAGCUAUUGCAUUAUGAAUCAAAUUAGAAUCAGACGCUUUGUGUAUAAACGGCCUUGGUCCAGCUCCAUUGUUCUGCCCGGAAACUGAGGUCCAGCGCCGAGGGCCUUCUGGCGGUUCCCUCGCUGCGAGAAGCCAAGUUACAGGGAACCAGGCAGAGGGCCUUCUCGGUAGUGGUGCCCACCCUUUGGAACGCCCUCCCACCAGAUGUCAAAGAGAAAAAUAACUACCAUAGUUUUAGAAGACAUCUAAAGGCAGCCCUGUUUAGGGAAGCUUUUAAUGUUUAAUAGGUUAUUGUAUUUUAGUGUUUUGUUGGAAGCUGCCCAGAGUGGCUGGGUGGACCCAGCCAGAUGGGCGGGGUAUAAAUAAUAAAUUAUUAUUAUUAUUAUUAUUAUUAUUAUUAUCCUGCUAUAUGCAACAAUGCUUAAUUACUAGUUACUUGGACUCUAGAGCUCAUUGUGGUGUAUUGGAAAGCAGAGGGGAAAACUCUAUGCUGUCAACCUGGUAUGUGUGGAGAGAGAGAGAGCGUGUGUGUGUGUGUGUGUGUGUGUGUGUGCUGUGUGUUUGUGUGGUGUGUGUGGGUGUGUGCCUGCGCAUGGGGCUUCUGCUUUCUAUUAAAGCACACAAAUAGAUAGACUGUUUGAAUCUCACAGGAAAUGAUUUCAGAAAGAAACAGUGCAACCUCUUUGCCAUUAAACUUCUGCAGGGUGGAAAUCCCCACCAAAUCACGAGUGGAGAGAUGGGCCUUCAAUUUUAGCGAGCUGAUGAGGGAUCCCAAAGGCCGCCAGAACUUCCAGCUGUUCCUGAAGAAAGAGUUCAGCGGUGGGUGUGAAAUUGUGCCUCUGCUUUUCCACCUCUCUAGCUCCUCUUUAAAGUGCUGGAGGACUUUGAUGUCAUACGUGGCUCCCCUGAGAUGAAUCUCAUUUUCAAAAAAAACCUGCUUCCUUUCUCCCUUUACAAUAGGUGAGGUGCCCUGAGGAAACAGUGCAAAGGGUACAAAUCUCUCCAUUAUAGCUUUUGCCCAUGGCUUUACAUCCAAGUGGCUCAAGACAUAAAACAAUACAAAGCCUGCCGCCACAAAGGGGCUGCUGUGAUGUAUUAAAAGGGCUUGAAAACGCAAAGCUUUUUGCAUAUUGUAGCUCCUCUCUGUAUCUGCAAGGCCACAAAUGAAUAGGACAAGAAGUAGUAUGCCCAGAUACAAAGAUAGAGAAAGCUCCCGUACUUCUGACAUUUGUGCAAAAGCAAGAAUUCUGGGAAGGGCAACUUUCCAUGAGGAGGAAAUAAGAAAAUCUCUGCACCUGCUUCUAGAAGAGCCAAUUCAGGGUCCCCCUUUGCAUCACCACACUAGAAUCACAUUCAGCCGAUUUAGGCUAUUGACUUAAAAUAUUAUAUAUCACGCAGGAUUAUUUUCCUUUCUCUUUUAAUUCAGGGGAGAAUCUGGGAUUUUGGGAAGCUUGUGAAGAUCUGAAGUAUGGAGACCAAUCCAAGGUGAAAGAAAAAGCAGAAGAAAUUUACAAGUGAGCACAGUAUAUAGUGUUACAAAAACUUUCCCUGGUGUCCUUUUCCUACAUUGUACCAGUUUUUGUAAAAAAAAUAAUGAAACGAAACGCUGAGUUGCAAUUUCUUUCAUGUUUUUAGUAGGAUUUCAAAGCACUGGUAAAUCCAUGCAAAAGUCUUCAUGUGACCUAGUUGCACAUAGAUUUCUGCCACAUGAUAGAUGCAAAAAAAAAGCUACUUUACGGGGAGAAGAAGGGUGACACAAAUUCAUCUUAAGAAUAUGAUUGUAAGCACAUUUGCCAGGCAAUAAGCCAUGCCGGAACGUUCUUCUUUCUAGCGCUGGAAGACUAUCUACGUGGCCUGAGACUUUUGCACUGAGGAGUCUUUAGAAUACAGUGGUACCUUGGGUUACAGAUGCUUCGGGUUACAAACGCUUUGGGUUACAAACUCCGCUGACCUGGAAGUGGUUGCUCCAGAAAGUGGUUGCUGCCAAGGAGUGUGAUGGAGUCUCCUUCUUUGGAGGUCUUUAAGCAGAGGCUUGACAACCAUAUGUCAGGAGUGCUCUGAUGGUGUUUCCUGCUUGGCAGGGGGUUGGACUCGAUGGCCCUUGUGGUCUCUUCCAACUCUAUGAUUCUAUGAUUCUAUGAUUGUAUGAUUCUAUGAUUCUAGGUUAACAACUUUGCCCCAGGAUAAGAACAGAAAUUGCACGCCAGUGGCGCAGUGGCAGCAGAAGGCCCCAUUAGCGAAAGCGCGCCUCAGGUUAAGAACUGUUUCAGGUUAAGAACGGACCUCUGGAACGAAUUAAGUUCUUAACCCGAGGUACCAAUGUAUCCUAAGUGAAAUGUCAGCUGGAGCCGCUGGAGUGGUUCCAGUGGAGGACUGGUGGCAUUAAAGCUACACAUCAUUAGGUACAUGUGCAGCGUCCGAGAUAACAGGAGACCUUUAGCGAUACCUGUUCACGUCAAAGAGUAAGAAUUGCAUUCCGUCGGUCGACGGGAGAACAUUUAGAGCUGCCUCAAACAGGAAGUAUGGCCCUACAGCCUUUCUUCGCCAGCUUUAUUUUAAUCCCCUUUAUUUUCAUUUUCGAUUUCAGGACCUUCUUGGCACCUGGAGCCAGGCGCUGGAUCAAUAUUGACGGCACCACUAUGGGCAUCACGGUCAGAGGCCUCAAACACCCUCAUCGCUAUGUCUUAGAUGCCGCACAGACUCACAUUUAUAUGCUGAUGAAGAAGGUUUGUUGUUUUUUUGCUUAUUAAUUCUGGCUGGCUUUCCUUCCCAGUUAUUCAAGUGGCAUCGCCAUCACUCCCACCCAAGCCUUUUUGAGAGAAGCAGUAUUUGCCUGUUGUCCAAAUCUACCCUGGUGAAGUUUGAAGAAAACACAUGAAAUAAUCUUUUUGUGACAGUCUUGGGACACCUCCUUUUGGGGUUGACUCGGCCCUUAUUUUGGCCAUGCAAAAAUAAUCAAAGCUAUGCUUUGAUGAGGGAGAAACUAAUAUACUAUUUAUGCAGAAUAAAAUAUGUAAGAUCUAAGAAUGCCCAAUGUAUACAAUGGCAGUAUUUUUGAAAUUAGAAGACAAAACAGGAUAGCUUUGAUCUUUUGUAUAACAGAGCUGCAGUUCUUAAUUUCUCUGGCAUUUUCCUAUAAAGUGGCCCCGUCUGCACUUAAAGCAAACCCAUGCUUUGUUUGACUGAACUGUGACUUCUGUUUGAACAUCUAAACCCAGUCUAACAGACUAAUCAUGGUUUGUUUUCUAAUGGAAUCCAUUAUGUGAAGCCAUGGUAUGGUGUUGGCUUUCAAACCAUGGCUCGUUUUAACUAUGGUUUAGCCUUGGCCACCCUACCUCAGAUGCUUGCUAAGCUGCAGAGGCACAAGGCUGGAGCAGCUGAAAAACACACUAAAGCUUUGGGGAAAUGAAGAAUGACUUGUUUGCUCAUCUACGUAGGAAGCUGUCUUAAGCCAUUUCAAACCGUUGGUCCAUGUAACUCAGCGUGGUCUAAACUAAUUGACAGCGGCUCUCUGGGAUUUCAGGUGCAAAGGAGCUUUUCUCCUGAGCUAUGGCCCUUCAUUCACCGUCUAUGGGAUGAUUUGUGGUUUGCUGAGCAAGCAAUGGUUAAAACAAGACUUAGCGUUAUGUGCGAACACCCCCUUUCCCAUCCCUGGGCACUCUUUUUCAGAUGAAGGCAUACCUGCCUCUUUUCCUGUUUGGCUGACCUCAUAACAUUACAGAAGCAGUGGCCUAAUGAAGAAGGUUGCGAAGGUAGCAUUCAGUUCAAUAGUCAACUUAUUUCUCUGGGGUUCAGCUUUUUCAGAAGACUUUAAAGCCUCUUAGUGUGCUUUCAGAAAAUGUAAUUGCAACCACAGGAAACUUAAUUUCAGCUGACACCGACGGCAGCUUGACACAGGAGAUGGAUGGAGGAAGCGAAAUAGUUUAACCACAACAUUUGUCCUCCCCCCCCACCCCCAGCAAGUUUGAGAAUGUGACUUGAAAUGUGUUGGGGCAGAUGGUGGCAAAAUGAUGUGUCAUUACAAGAACAAUAGAUCCAAUACAUUGAAGAAACCAGAAAGCCAUCUAGCCCAAACGGCAGCAGCAUUUCCGAGCACAAUUCAAAGUGUUGGUGCUGACCUUUAAAGCCCUAAACGGCCUCAGUCCAGUAUAUCUGAAGGAGCGUCUCCACUCCCAUCGUUCUACCCGGACACUGAGGUCCAGCACCGAGGGCCUUCUGGUGGUUCCCUCACUGCGAGAAGCCAAGUUACAGGGAACCAGGCAGAGGGCCUUCUCGGUAGUGGCACCUGCCCUGUGGAACGCCCUCCCACCAGAUGUCAAAGAGAACAACAACUACCAGACUUUUAGAAGACAUCUGAAGGCAGUCCUGUUUAGGGAAGCUUUUAAUGUUUGACGUAUUACAGUAUUUUAAUUUUUUUUGGAAGCUGCCCAGAGUGGCUGGGGAAGGCCAGCCAGACGAGCAGGGUAUAAAUAAAUGAAUUAUUAUUAUUAUUAUUAUUAUUAUUAUUGUUAUUGUUAUUGUUGUUGUUAGGACCAUCUUACGUCUUCCAAUCUCUGUUAGGUAAUCCCACCACACUUAGGGUAUGUGCCCUGCAAAGGUGCUUACAUAAUAUAGUAGCUCUGGGUGACUCGAGGUAUAUCAGGCCAUAGCCUUCAAGGAGUCAUAGCAUAUAUACCCUUUAAUAAUACAAUUCCCACUUCCUUUUGCUGGCUUUGAAUGGCUGAAAAGCACACUUGAAGAAGGGAGUGUUGGAGCUUAUGUGAUGUUUUUUCCUUCCUAGGAUGAGAACCUCUCCCCCAUCUCUUACUGAGUGCUCUGGCCACAGAUUUCUAACCACAUGGGUGUUAAUUUAACCAGUGGUUUUCAUAACACAUAUGUAAUGUGGAGAAGAGAUGUUCCAUUGUGCUCUUGGGCGACAUUAUUCUCUUCCCUUGCAGGCCCCCCCCACCCGCCACUUUGACUCCCAAACAGCUGUAAGGAGAGAUGAUUUUAAUUAGGAUGCUUGUAAUCUAUAACUACCGUUUCCCCUUUCCUUCUCCCCAGUAGGAUUCGUUCGGUCGCUAUUUAAAGUCUCCGAUAUACAAGGAAAUACUGUCCAAGGCAAUUGUGCCGCAAGAAGCCGCCGUGAAGAAAAGGCAAGCUGAUUGGGGUUUAAUUGCGGGUUAUUUGCUGUUGGUUUAAACGAGGGCACAAAGUGAUUUAAGCAUUUGCAUAAUUUAAAGUGGGUUUUUCAUGGUGGGCGGGACAGACAGAUAACCCCUCAUUUUGGAUGCUGCAGAUGCUUCGCUUCCAAGAAGGAAUGGCUAUUGCGGAAAAGCCUUUUGCCCUAACAGGAGUUUCCUCUGGCCACUAGCCUGCACCACAUUCCCCUCUUUCUUUAAAGCAUAGCUGGACAGAAACAGCUGUACCUUGCACUGCUGUUGGUUGUCAUGGAAACCACCCUAUGGUAAGCCCCGUCUGCAGGCUCCUGAAGCUGGUUUAUUGAGCAGCAGCAAUAAGAAGAGUUGUUAAUAUUAGCAGCAGUCGUGUAUUCAUUGAGUGGUUUCCCAAGCAGCUUGAUGGGCGUGUUCUCGAGAUCCUUACUAGCAUCCUUGUGUAGUAGGCCUGUAUGUUUACCCUCAUGUUGCUGGGGCUGAGAAACAGGGGUUCCCUACAGGCCAGGCAGCCUGCUGACAUGCAGCGCAGAAGACAAGACUAGUGGCUGGCUUAGCAUUCUGCCUUCUGGAAUGUGCAACUCUCAGGCAAACUGCAAAGCUGAGAGCUCACCCUACAGGUGAAUAACAUGAUGCAGUUUCUCUUUCAAGGACGUGUUUGUCUUUACCUUUAAGGGACGGUUCCCUCAAACCACCUUUGCUGCUUCAGAUGGCAGAACAAGGUGACUUGUUUCCAGCAAGCUUUUGAAAUACAGUGGUACCUUGGGUUAAGUACUUAAUUUGUUCCGGAGGUCCGUUCUUAACCUGAAACUAUUCUUAACCUGAAGCACCACUUUAGCUAAUGGAGCCUCCCGCACCGUUGGAGCACAAUUUCUGUUCUCAUCCUGUAGCAAAGUUCUUAACCCAAGGUACUAUUUCUGGGUUAGCGGACUCUGUAACCUGAAGCGCCUGUAACCUGAAGCGUAUGUAACCCGAGGUACCACUGUAUUCCGACUGCUUCUUUAUGAAAACUUCCCCCCACCUCCCCCCCACUUUUGUUGCUGUUGCAGCAGGGCUUUAUUUGUUCUUUGCGUGCUGUUACGCCAUGCAUGUUUUUAGUAAGCUGCUUUCUGAACUGCAAAAUUACGAGAAGUGUGAAUUUUGAAAGGCAGCUGCAUUUCAGUGUUGUUGAGUUCAGAAAGCGUGAAUUAGGUAGAUUCGCCUUUAAAUGCGAAAUUAAUCAAAACCCUCUCCCCCCCCAUCCCUAGUGUAGAAUGACAUAGGGCUACAUCAGGGGUCAGCAACCUUUUUCAGCUGUGGGCCGGUCCACCAUCUUUCAGACCAUGUGGGGGCCCGAACUAUUUUUUUUUGGGGGGGGGAAUGAACCCCACAAAUAACUUAGAGAUGCAUUUUAAAUAAAAGCACACAUUCUACUCAUGUGCAGUGGUACCUCGGGUUAAGAACUUAAUUCGUUCCGGAGGUCCGUUCUUAACCUGAAACUGUUCUUAACCUGAGGUACAACUUUAGCUCAUGGGGCCUCCCGCUGCCGCCACACGAUUUCUGUUCUCAUCCUGAAGCAAAGUUCUUAACCCGAGGUACUAUUUAUGGGUUAGCGGAGUCUGUAACCUGAAGUGUCUGUAACCUGAAGCAUCUGUAAUCCAAGGUACCACUGUAAAAACACCAGGCAGGCCCCCAAAAUAACCCAGAGAUGCAUUUUAAAUAAAAGCACACAUUCUACUCAAACACGCUGAUUCCCUGAUCGUCCGUUGACCGGAUUGAGUGGGCGAUUGGGCUGCAUCUGGCCACCGGGCCUUAGGUUGCCUACCCCUGGGCUACAUCAAGGGAGAAGCAGUAGACACAGAAGGUAGCUGAAGCUGCCUUUUGCUUUGAAAACCAACAUAGAAAUAUAUUACCCAAUGAAUAAGUGCUUCUCCUGCCUGCUGCUUCUCCUCACCUUUUCCCCUGGGCUGUCCCCAAGCUGGACUUCUUUCUAGUCUUCGGGCCGGUUGUGAGGAAAGUCAGCAAUUUUUGAGCCCCCUCCCUUGCUCUGUGGCUCUUUGGCAGCCAUCAUCCCUGUUCUAAGACACAGUUCUUACUUCCGUGUGUAUACACUCAAAUGGAAACAUGUGUUAUAUCCCUCUGUUAACAGCAGUUAGAAUGGGCAAUGUGGCUUCCCAUAAAUUAACAAAGGGUUCAGAGGACUAGAUAUCGAUCUCAUAUUCCUGCUUGAUAACAUUUGGAUCUACACUAAGAAUGUGAGUCUUGGGUUCUGUCUCUUAGCAGGAGAGAGAGUUCAACGUUACCCUGCAUAAGAUUUGUCUAGACAGAGAAUUGCUGUAGUUUAAUCAAAACCAGAUUCUAGGAAACCCAGAUUAAGCAUGUGUUUGAAUACUCUGUGUAUAAUCUUUUGAGUGUUCUAUUUUUUAGGACUGCUCCGCUUUUUAUGUGGCAAUUGUGUUUGUUGUGGCAAAGCCAGUGUUUCCUUCAUUAAGUGCAUAAAGGCUGUGCACACAUGGUAGUUUAAAGUGGAUUUGAUGCAUCUCAUGUUGUCCACUCAACAUUGUCCUCAUCCAAGCGAUUGCCAAUACACGGAUCCUUUCGGAUGUGGGGUGGGGAUACUUAUACCUGGAGUACUGACAUGCACAGAGGCCGGGAAUGGGACCCCCAUGCAAAAUGGUCAUCGUCUGUAGACUUCCUUUGUGAGUUAGAAGUAUCCCCCGCCCCCCAAUUCACAUAACAACCUUUUAAUCCUGAAUUGAGAAAUGAACAAGAUAUCUCAUUCACAGCAGUAGCAUGUUCUUGCCAUAUAUGGUACACUCCUCCAAAGUAAUCCUGUCAGGUGGCUGUUGCGGUUGCUCGAGAGUAACCAGGCAGGACUCCGACCUGUCUUUUACAGGCUUUAUUUUGGUGCAAACUAUUUACAGUGAAGGCCCCCAAAGCUCAUGUCUGGCUCAAUCGCUAGCAGAAUCCGGGAGUGGUCUUCUUUUGGACCUCCCCCAACAUAAGAGUUUUGUUACUCCCAACCGUCUCCGCCCCUCUCUGCGCCUCAGACUACUGCACAGGAUGGGCGAUGGCAAAGGCGUGUUUCCCUCCUGUCCGGCUUGCUCAGGAGCGGUGUUGAGGCUCCUACCAGCAUCCUCCGGUCCUUGCACCUCUUCCCCCCUGGAGGUGGGGCUUUCCUCCUCCCCGGAAGAGGAACUGCUUCGCAAGAUUUUUGGAGGCUCCCCGUAACACAACUGCCCUUCUAUUUCUCGCCUCUGAGCCAAUGGCAGUUCCCUGACAAAUCUCAUUGACUUUAAUCGAAAUGUUGCCUCCCUGCCUUCCCCUCCCACCAAUGGAUGUGGCUCUCUUAUUCUGGGACCACACUGUCAUUUGGUGUGUGUGUGUGUAUCAGUGAGGUAGAUGGAACUUAGUCUAGGUCUUUUUUAUAUAUAUAGUUCCCAGUUACCAAAGUCUCACAAAGAGAAUUUCAUAUGCCUGUUUCAGGGUGUUUGCAAAUGCCACCUUCUAUCUGCAUUUUAACAAGGUGUAAAGGGAAAAGGUAAAGGACCCCUGGACAGUUAAGUCCAGUCAUACUUGAACUCUGAAGUGUGUGCAGCCUGCAGCUCUCUAGAAUACCUGGCUGCCACCAAUGCGAUUUUCAAACGCUGCUAUGUUGCGCAGUUUUGCAAGUAGCACUCGCAAACGUAGUCGUGUUUGCUGUGAAGUACUUCUGAAAAGGCUUUGCACAUAACCAGAAGGCUGCAGACAGCAUUCAACUGCACUUUGGAAUAAUUUGCAGGUACAGAAUGAAGUGGUGGCACAGAGCAGGUGUGUGUAAAGCUGAGAGAGUGAUCUGCUACCAUCUUUCAGCCAUGAAUAUAUCUCUGAAAGCACUUGCAGGCUGAAAAUCUAAGGAGAGAUCUUGUUCCUCCCAAAUGGAGUUUGGUUGCUAGCAUUAAUAACAGAAGCGCUUGCUUUUUAAAAUGUUUUGCUUAGGAUUUAGGGAGCACGUAUCUGUAGAAUCAGUAAUUAUAUCUUAGGAAGGGGUUCGCAUUGGGGGACAGGUCCUGAAAAGUACACACACAUACACACAGAGAACAAUUAGAGGUCACUAUCUCAAGCUUGUUGACAGACCUAUCCAUCAAGGAAUUCUAGGAUAUUUCUGCUAUGCUCCCUUGCUGGCUAUCCUAGAUAAUUUUCAGAUCUCUUGGAAUUCUUUAUAGUACUCUGAACCUUCCCCAUCAGAGAUCUCUACUCAAAAAUGUGGGUGUUUAUUAUUGUUGUUGUUGUUAUUUAUUCAACAUAUAUUUUGCCCUUUAUCAGAAAAUCCCAGGACAGUGUACAAUAUUAAAAACACAUUACAAAACAUCAGUGAUAAAAUGUAUACAGGCAGCCAAUAAUCAAAUAGUCAUCUUAAUAACAGUCCACUCCCUCACGCUUUCACUGGCCAUAGAUUAUUUAAUAGCCAUAGGCCUGGGUAAAGAGAAAUGUUUUUGCCUGGUGCCUAAAGACAUGUAGUGAUGGUGCCAGGCAAGCCUUUCUGGGGAGAGCAUUCUGCAAUCAGGAGCCACCACAGAAAAGGCCCGUUCUCUUGUUGCCACCCUUUGAACCUCUCUGCGAUGGGGGACACAGAGAAGGGCCUCAGAUGACAAGCACAGGGUCCAGGUUGGUUCAUACAGUAAGAGGUGCUCCUUAAGGUGUUGAGGUCCUGAGCCGUGUAAUGCUUUAUAUGUGUCCUGGUUGCCACCCAAAAGUGAUCUUUAUUAAGGCAUGAGUAAAGCUGCGGCAGGAAACGAGCUAAUGCUGUCAUGAAGAUCUCACAAAGCAAAGGGUUGGUGGGGAUGAGCCCAAUCUAGAAGCCAGGGGACAGGGUUCACAAGUCCAGGGUUGGUAACAAGAAGUGCAAGGCUGCCCAGGAGCUGAGAAGUUGUCCCAACAAGUUUCCCACACCAAGCCAUCAAGUUUUAAGGCAGACCUUCCUUCUCCAGAGUCACGGCCUUGUCCUGGGAGAAAGCAUUGUACUCACCUCCCUAUCUGAAUCCUGCUCGGCCACCCCAAGCUCAGAGUCCUCCUGAGACUCUUGACAGUUCUCUCUCCUGUCUCAACAUUAGAACCAGAUGAGUUCAGAGGGAGGCUUCCAUCUGUUGCAGCCUCCUCCUCCCAUUCUUUCUCGUCUCUCUGCUCAUCUUCCCCCAGAGUCUGCCAUCCUGAGUAUGAGACCAGCGGCGCCAAAGGAGUAAUGACGUUAUGUUAUUUGAUGUAGGAAAUCUUGCUCUCCCUUUGAUGUGCACACAUUUGCCACUGAAAGUGUGGAACAUCAAUGUAGGUGCAGCAAAUAUGCUACCUCUAACCCUGAGAUAGGGAUGGGGACCUUGCAGCGCUCCAGAUGUUGUUGUGGACUCCCAACUCUCAUCAGCCCAUGCCAGCAUGGCCAACGAUUAGGGCUGAUGGGAGUUGGAGCCCGGCAACAGCCACAUGUUCCUCAUCCAGCCCUGGGAUGAAAGGCAAGAACCUCUGACCUCUCCAGCAUUUCAUAGAAUCAUAGAAUUGCAGCGUUGGAAGAGGCCCCCAAGGGUCAUCCAGUCCAACCCCCUGCAAUGCAGGAAUUUCAGCUAAAGCAUCCAUGACAGAUGGCCACCCAAACUGUGCUUAAAAACCUCAAAGGAAGGGAGAGUCCACAACCUCCCAAGGGAGACCGUUCCACCGUUGAACAACUCUCCCUGUCAGAAAGCUUUAGUCGGAAUCUCCUUUCUUGUAACUUGAAGACAUUGGUUCGAGUCCUACCCUCCAGAGCAGUUUGAUUCAACCCCUGAUUCAUUCCCCCUGUCUGUAUAGAAGAAGAAGAAGAGUUUGGAUUUGAUAUCCCGCUUUAUCACUACCCUAAGGAGUUUCAAAGCGGCUAACAGUCUCCUUUCCCUUCCUCCCCCACAACAAACACUCUGUGAGGUGAGUGAGGCUGAGAUACUUCAGAGAAGUGUGACUAGCCCAAGGUCACCCAGCAGCUGCAUGUGGAGGAGCGGAGACUCAAACCCGGUUCCCCAGAUUACAAAACUACCGCACUUAACCACUAAACCACACUGAGUUUAUGGGAUGUUAUCCCAGGGCAAUUCGUUUUGUAAACAGGCACUGAUUAAUCCAUUGGCGCAGAGCUGGGUUUGAUGUGGUUUCUUGACGCUCCUGUGUUUUUCUGCCUCCCCAGACGCCCUCAGAUACGUCCGCCUUCCACUGUCGUACACAACGACCCUCCCCUUACUGUCUUCUCCUCUGUUUUCUUUUUUAGCUCUAAUAAUCCGUUUGCUCGCCGGCACCUCCGCUCCAGCCCCAGCCCCGUCGUCUUGAGGCAACAGGAGGAAGAAGCCAAGGCGAAAGAAGCAGCGGCCAACGUGGACAUCACCCAGGUUAUGAGCAAGCUGGAUCGUAGAAGCCAGCUCAAGCAGGAGCCCCCACCUGCUAAGUAGGGCUCAGAUGUUGGUGAAAAGGCCAAGCGGAGGAGUCGUGAGGGUGUUGGCUGAAUGUAGAGCUGCAUUUCCUGUCUCCUCCCUGCAGGUGGCAGUGGUGCUUCGUCAUUAUACGAAACAUUUCUCUGUGCUCUCCAUCCCUCCUUUCCACACAGCAUGUUGUUGCCAUGGCGCCCAGAGUAGUGUCACUUCACAAGCCAUCGCUGGUAGAAUCGUUGAACGCAGAUGGCAGAAGUUGCCAUGUGAACCUCACAGUGACUUUCCCCAUAUCAAAUGGGCUUGUUUGUGUGUGUGUGUGUGUGUGUGUGUGUGUGUGUGUGUUUUAAACAAGGCAAGGAAACAAUGUUUUCUAUAAACUGCCUGAAACAUCCCUCCCGGUUCUAAAUAUUCGGAAAUCGAGAUACCAUGGCAACUGGCUUCCCUCUUCUCCCGCUGCCUGCAAAGGAUGAAGGGGAAGAGAUGGCAAAAGUGUGCUGUGAGGCACAGGGCAGAGCUUAUUCUGGUUUCCGGGUGCUGUUGAGGAAUCCUAAAUAAGGGUGCAUACUUAACACAGCUCAGGCACCCCUCACCUUGCCAUGCAAACAGUUCAGACGGUUAAAUAUCAAACAAAGGGUAGAUUAUUUCCCCCCUUUCUUUUCAGGGUAUGCUUGGGGAUUAGGUAUUCUGAUUGUUGGUGUUAAGCACAGAACCAAGCGGCCGCAGUUGACCCAUACGAAUUAACAAGCAGUACGUACUGUGGUCUUGUGCAUGUAAACAUGCAUUCCGCAUUUCCAAAGCAACUUGAAGCAGCUGCCUGCUCAAAUGCAUAUUCGUUUGAGCGGAAUAGGAGUAUCAGUUGGCCGGGGUGCAACUUGGUCAUAGAGAGGGGAAGUCCUUUAUGGAUUCAGAGCCUCCCUAACAGGGAGGGCCGUAGCUUGGGGGGUUGGAGCAUCUACUCUGCAUGUUGAAGGCCCCAAGUUAAGUCCCUAACAUCUCUGGGUAGGGCUGGAGAUAUCCCCUGGAAAGCUGCUGUCCAUCAGGGUAGAGAAUACUGAACUGGAUGGAUCAAUAGUCUUGACUCAAUAUCAGGCAGCUUCCUAUGUUCCUUAGGGUUCUUGUAUUAAAAGGUAAGCUAACAAAUGGAGAACAUUCAUUUUCCUCCACCUAGCUCCAAGUCCCAUUUGGUUUUAUUUGCUGUGAACUUCCCCAAAGAUGGGAACCUAAUAUCUUAGAGGCGUGCCCAUGGGGCUGCCAUACUGUAAAGUAAGAAGACGGGUGCUUUUCGGAAGGAAUCUUCCUAAUAUUCUUGCAGCACUCUACGGCGGUCUUCAGGCCUGUUCUGGCAAGCAGCUGGCCUGUGUUGACUCCAACAGCCAAGCCCCUGGAACACAAGGCAAGCAAUUUGUAUGCAUCUUGUUUGUGAAGGGAGGAUCACAUGACUGACGAGUGGUAGCCAUGUUGACUACCCCUGCAUUUGCUGAAAGUUUAAGAAUUGAGAUAUGGUAUUCUAGGCAAGAGGCUUUUUCUCUGUCGUAGUGUGGAAAGCCAGUUGACAGCCAUAGGGAUCUAUCCCUGCUUGCUGUGUAGACUGAAAAUAACAUAGGUCAAAGCCAUCGGAGUUGUACUGACUGGAAGUGUUGAAUAAAAUGUAGCCUCUCUUGUUUCCUUCGUGGGCAUAGUCAGGAGGACUUAAAUGCUUGCCUCCUCCCACCCUCUCAAAAAAAAAACAAAAAAAACCCCUAAUCCAAAAACAACGGCAAUAUCAUUUUUUCCUUAAAUGUUCAGUGCUUCAUAAGUCUGGAUCAAGAAGUGUUUAAAACAUUCCGGAAUCUUAUGGGCAUCUGAAUGGAAUCGGGACUCCCUUCUACUCAUCUCUUUUCCCAUUAAGUUAUUUCAGCUGUAUGAUUUAUACCUCUUUAUCAUCUGCUCCAUCUCUGGGCUUGCUUGCAGUUUCUCUCUCCUCUUUGUCACUGCAUUUCAUCAUUUCCUGCAAAAUGCACUCUGACAGUGGCAGACAGAACACCACAGUCAAAAAGGCUGCGAGAAAAUACCCUCCCCCCCACCCCACAAAAAUGCAAUAUUAAAAGCAGUGUAGGAGUGAUAGCUUCUACCAGCUCAAGGAAGUGUAAAGGUAGCCAAGGGAAAUAAAUAAAAAUGUUGUCCAGUAGCACCUUAGAGACCAACUAAGUUUGUUCUGGGUUUCCGAGCACAAUUCAGAGUCUUGGUGCUGACCUUUAAAGCCAUAAACCGCCUCGGUCCAGUAUACCUGAAGGAGCGUCUCCACCCCCAUCAUUCUGCCCGGUCACUGAGGUCCAGCGCCGAGGGCCUUCUGACGGUUCCCUCACUGCAAGAAGCAAAGCUACAGGGAACCAGGCAGAGAGCCUUCUCGGUAGUGGCACCCGCCCUGUGGAAUGCCCUCCCAUCAGAUGUCAAAGAGAUAAACAACUACCAGACUUUUAGAAGAUAUCUGAAGGCAGCCCUGUUUAGGGAAGUUUUUAAUGUUUAAUAGGUUUUUUAAUAUUCUGUUGGAAGCCGCCCAGAGUGGCUGGGGAAACCCAGCCAGAUGGGUGGGGUAUAAAUAAUAAAUUAUUAUUAUUAUUAUUAUUAUUAUUAAUUUUCUGGUUAUAAGCAUUUAUUUCGUAAGCAGAGUCCCAUGAAGCACUCAAGUUUGAAAGUGCGACUAUGGAGAUUAGCUCAUUAAAGGAAACCCCAUACCUUGUCUUGCCUCUUUGUUUAUCGAGGCCAACAUGGAAACAACAGAAUAGCCUGAAGCAAGAGGUUUCAAACUGUGUUUCAGGCAACCUUGAGGUUCCUUGGGGACUUCUUCAGUGGUAACUUCAGCAGUGGCAGCCAAAAAGUGCAUGCCCAUCAGUGUUGAUGCCCCCCCUGCAAUGUACAGUGACAGAAGAGCAUUGGAAGCAUUGUAGGUUACAUUCUCCAUUUACAUGGGAUGACUGUAAGGCCAAGGACAUAGUGGGUGAGAUUCAACUAAGUUGUGUGCAUUGAAUGACGUCCGCUCGCCCCUUCUCCCCAUCUGCUCUGGAGGUUUGGUUGUGCACAAAUACCCCAUUUAGCACUACACUGAAUUCCACCCAGUAUGCCCUAAAAGGUACCCUAAAACCCUUUGUAAUGAGUAGGUGGCCUUCAGUGUGGAAAGAGUUCAAGUUCACCAGUAGAAAGCUUGAAAACUGCUUAAGAUACCACAGAGCUGUAAGCCUGUUUGUUGGCCUCUAAGCUUGUGCUGUCUUCCAUCUUUCUUUCCUUGUAGCAAAUAUGUCAGUGCAUGUAUAUGAUGUCAUUGCUUUUCAUUUUCUGUUAAAUGCCCAAGAUGGAAUGGGCUUCACAUCUAGUUAAAUAAAUUAAGAAGAGGGGGACUUCUAGUGGGAUUUCAGAAUACUGCUUUAUUUUUCUCACUUUUCCUUUCUUUUAUCUCCUCUGGUCAAAUAAAACUAGAAAGCGAAACCAUCACUGUGCUUGUCUGUCAUGUCUUUUGCCUCUCUUCUGUGCGUCUUUCAUUUGUUCAUACUGUGUUGCCUCUGUCCCAUUGGUUUGAAUUGGUUUUCCUUUUCUAAAAUAUUGGUGAAUAGUGCAUACGUCGAUCCUUAGUGCUUCAAGAGAGCUUGAAAAACCAUUGUGUAAGACAAUGUCUAAUUAGGUAGGCUUCUACUUAAUUUGUCAACAUUAAGUCUUGCUACAUGUCUUAAUCAUAAGGUACCAUCUUCUAAAACUGCCUUCUACUGGCUGUGUUUGUAGCAAUACCAGAGCCUAAUAGUCUUCAGAAGCUCCUCAUUUACAUCCUUAUCCUAACUAUACACACCCCAGUCCUAUGCACCUGUACUUAGACAUACUUCUAAGUAAGUGGGCAUAGGAAUGCAGCUUUCAUAAAGGGAAGCUGAUUUCAACCUGGCCACUAUUUGCUCCUCUAUCCCACAGUCACAUGGCAGGAAAAAGUGGUGGUGAGGAAACAUCACAAAAUUUACUGGGAACACAAUUAUGCUACUGCAAAGCGUGUAGUGAAUCUAGUGAAAAGAGUGAAGUUACACUUGGAUCCAUUCCCCAAGGGGUGACUGCCUAAAAGGCAUCCCACCUCACGCGUGAAGGACAAUUCCUGACAGUAGUUGCAAUGUAAGCCCAGUAUCUGUGCAAGAUCACACCAUUCUGUCUCUGCUUGAUGGACUACUCCUAUGUAUUCUCCAUUAUAUUUGGUUUAGGAUUUGUGGAUCACUUCUCUACAGCGUGUCUAAUUCAACAAACAGAGAAAUUAGAUAGCCACAAAGCAGACUAGAAAACAACAAACACUUAAAUAACCAAACCAAACCAUUUUGAAAAGCAGAGCUCAGUUAGAAACCUUGUUGCACAGAUUAAGUCUUAACCUGAUGCCGAAAUGAGACCCAAGAAGGCAAUUCUUUCAUCUUUUGGUGGAGGGAGUUCCAGAGACGAUAUGGCAAUACUCAAAAAGGCAAUCUCCCCAUACCUAGAAGGUUCUCAGAAGAAGACAUUAAUGGUCAGGCAGGCUCACGUAGUCUGAACUGUUGUUCAACACGAUAAUCGGCUAUCAGUUAAACUUUGAAGCUUCCCUUUUUUCACUUUAGAAAAAUGACAACACAGAACUAAGCCACAUUAGAGUUUGCACUUAUGAGUUAGUUCUUUAAAAUGCAAGGGCACCCACUGAAACAAAUAGCCAUGUUUGAAUACUUUAUUGUUGUUUAGGUUGCAUCCAACUUAAAUCAUUGCAUGUGCAGAACAACUCCCACAAGCACAACCAAACUCUCCACUCUAGAGGGUUGGGGGUGGGUGGGAAAUUCCUUUGCACUUGCGGGAGAAUUCUGUGCAUGCAAUUAUUUAGUUAGACAGAAUUAUAGGGUUGGCUCCAUCACAUUUUUAUCGGUCCACACGCCUUUCGUUACAUAUGGUACAUGGCACAAAGUAAGUGAAACAUGCAAUUUUUAUAAAGUUAAACAAUCCAGGGCAAAUGCCCUAUAAAAUAUCAAGCCAUUUUGUUAGAGGUUAUUCAAGUGUCACUGAUGAAUUCCUGGAUCAUCGUCCUUGGGUACCUGCCAUCAAACAUCACUUCCUUCCGGCUUGCACCAAUAUGACCGGCACCAUUUCAUUUAUUGGCAUAUAUCAAGGCCGUGCGUAAAUUCAUAUUCCCCAUAUUUUCUCCCAUCUGUCUUCAUGUAUUCAUUCCACCAGCAACAUAUCUACAUCAGCAGCUUUGGCUUUGUCAUGCAACUCCGAAUGUACUUCACCUGAUCAUUGAGAAAAGAAGAGAGAGAAAAUGUUUCUCUUACCCUACUUUUGAAAAAAAAAAUAAGAACUUGGUAAGAGAUGGGAAGGAGAAGCUGACAUUCAAAGUGAGAUUCCUUCUUCCCAGGACCAUGUUUUUAAAGUAGAAUACCAGAAUUUAUUACAGUGUGUCAAAGCUUUAAUUAAACAUCUUUACAGUGGUACCUCGCAAGACGAAUGCCUCACAAGACAAAAAACUCGCUAGACGAAAGGGUUUUUGGUUUUUUGAGUUGCUUCGCAAGAUGAUUUUCCCUAUGGGCUUGAUUUGCAAGACGGAAACGUCUUGCAAGUUUGUUUCCUUUUUCUUAACACCGUUAAUACAGUUGCGACUUGACUUCGAGGAGCAACUCAUAGAAUGCGGUGUGGUAGCCUUUUUUGAGGUUUUUAAAGACUUUGGUGAUUUUUGAAGCUUUUCCAAAACUUUCCCGACACCGUGCUUCGCAAGACGAAAAAAAUCGCAAGACGACAAAACUCGCGGAACGAAUUAAUUUCGUCUUGCGAGGCACCACUGUACUUGAAUUGGAUAGGUAUUACAGUGGUACCUCAGGUUACAUACGCUUCAGGUUACAGACUCUGCUAACCCAGAAAUAGUGCUUCAGGUUAAGAACUUUGCUUCAGGAUGAGAAGAGAAAUCGUGCUCCGGCGGUGCGGCGGCAGCAGGAGGCCCCAUUAGCUAAAGUGGUGCUUCAGGUUAAGAACAGUUUCAGGUUAAGAACGGACCUCCAGAAUGAAUUAAGUACUUAACUUAACCUGAGGUACCACUGUAUUUUCUUCCUCCCUUUUUAAUGCACUAACUUUUUUCCAUGUUUAGUAGCAACUUUUAUUGGUUAUUGGGUACUUUGCACAUUGCUUUGCACAUAACUGUAUUGAAAGGCAAUUUUGGCAGUAUUCAGACCAUCACUUUCGUUUAUCUUUGUGAUGUUCCUUUUCACAUUUUAUGUGAUCAUGGUGGAAUCUAGUGAAAGUUUUAACACUCGUUUCCAUGUGAAUUGUUUGCAACCCUGCCAACUCGGAGAAUCACAGGAGUUUUGCACUGACAAAAUCUGGAGCAUUGUAUCAGCAAACUCUUCUUUACUGCCAUUUAACAUUUAGCAUGGCAUGCUGGUAUAUUGAUCAAGAAGCCAUCGUUCCAUAACACAAGAUACUUCAAUGUAAAGGGAACAUUAGAACGCGAGACAGAACUAAAGCAAUAAGCCCCACAUCUGAUUGAAGAUCUGAAAUCUUCGGGGGGGGGGCUGCUGGAUAGAAUGGAGGGUGGGGAACAGCAAUAAGAAGAUCAAUCGAAUUAUGUGCAUCCUUCCUUUAGGUGAAGCAAGAUGGCUGGCCGGAUUAGCUAAUGUUUCAAAGAAUUAAAUAAAAAGCCUUAUGGGUCAGCUGACUUAGAUCUGUCUGGAUAUAGGAUGGAAAAAGAAGAGUUUUGUUCCAGUCUCUGUAGCCAUUAGGGUCCAAAUGUUAAUACAACAAUCUUUUUUUUGGGGGGGGGGGACUUAAUGUGACCCACAGCUGCAACAGUAAUAGUAGAGUUUCUUCCCACCAUUCACCUCAUCAUUACGUUAUCCUUCCACCCUUCAUUUAUAUGCAUUUCAGUCUGAUAUUGAAGCACCUCUCCUUGUCUAAAGAAAGUUGCAGCAUGUAACGGAGAUUAAUUUUUUAGAGGCAUAUUCUUACCCAAGUCCUUUCUGAGAACAACUAGCAGCAAUGGGAUGGGUCAUAUUAUGUGGUGGUAACUAGCUAAAGGGACGCGGGUGGAGCUGUGGGUUAAACCACAAAGCCUAGGACUUGCCGAUCAGAAGGUUGGCGGUUCGAAUCCCUGCAACAGGGUGAGCUCCCGUUGCUCGGUCCCUGCUCCUGCCAACCUAGCAGUUCGAAAGCCCAUCAAAGUGCAAGUAGAUAAAUAGGUACCGCUCCUGCAGGAAGGUAAACGGCGUUUCCAUGCGCUGCUCUGGUUCGCCAGAAGUGUCUUAGUCAUGCUGGCCACAUGACCCGGAAGCUGUACGCCGGCUCCCUCGGCCAAUAAAGCGAGAUGAGCGCUGCAACCCCAGAGUCGGCCAUGACUGGACCUAAUGGUCAGGGGUCCCUUUACCUUUUCCUAACUAGCUAAAGGUGAGGUGGGAAAGAGAUCCAAAUCAGGACUAGCUCCAUGGUUUUGUGGGUCUUCAGGCAAAGAGGUGGGAGCAUGAGAAUGGCUGGCAGAUACAACAUGACCAUGCUUCCUAGGAAUUCCACUCUGCUUCCUGUGCUGUAAAUGUUCUCCUUUUCUUCCAUGCAGUUGUGCCAAUUCACUGCUCCUGUUCCCCAUCUGGCCAUUUACAGUGGUACCUCCGACUCUCCGUCUACGUCCAAUGCUUUCUCUUCCUCACGCCGUGUGCCUAGUGAUCGUCCUCUCCAGUGCCCUGGGCGCAUUACUCUACCAAACAGCGCUAGCUCCUCCUCUGUUAAGGUAGCUCCAGACAGCACCUCUGUCACGGGCAGGAACUGGGAUGGGCCUAGCUCUAACUCCGCCCCUUCCUUCAUGGAAAGCACUGAGAUUGCCAUGGAUUCUGAGCUGGAGCCCUGCCGCAGCUCCCAGUACCCUAUGAGCUCUAAGACCAAGCUGCUGCCCAAGCCCCAGAUGUCCUCAUCCCUCGGCAGGUUCCUCAAACUGGGAUGCUUGAACUCUCCAAUGUUUGCAACGUUCUCACCCAAGUGCCCUGGAGUGACUCAUGGGAAAGUGCAACCACUCGAUGGUCUGAACCCACAACUGCAACAGAGGUCCAAAAAAGUGUCCAAGUGAGUAUCCCUCUGAGUUAUUCCAUCGUGCUUUGCUUUGAGAGCUCCUAUAAGGGGAGAUAAGGAUUCGGGAGAACUCUGAUUGUGUAUGCAUCUUAAUGAGAAAAUAUCUAAUUUGUCGUUGUUAUCUAACCAAUGCAGUGGUACCUUGGUUUGCAUAUGUCUUGGUUUGCAUAGGUUUUGGAUUACAAACACAUCAAACCCGGAAGUGCAUGUCCCGGUUUGCAACCUUUUCUUUGGAUUACAACCUUUUUUUAUUAUUAUUACGAACAAUUUUUGGGGGGAGGCCCCAUUGGCGAAAGCGCGCCUUGGGUUACAACCUGUUUUGGUUUAGAAACGGACCUCCGGAACGGAUUAUGGUUGUAAACCAAGGUACCACUGUACAUGAAUGGAAAUGUCUCUGAACUGUGGUGGUUCAGUUCUCCAACCAAUGUGUUCCAAAAAACAUCCAUUAGAUGAAAGUGUGCAUAAAAAUGCAUCUCUUGGUGAAAAUAACAUGGAGAAAUGCAUUGCUAUGUUAGGAGAAAUUGCUUACAAAAAUGUGUAUAUUAGUCAAAACUGCAUGCAAAAAUGUUUUGCCCCCAAAUAUAUUUUCUUAAAUUUCCACAAAUCUCACAUAAAAUCCCAAUUCAUAAUAUUUUUUUCUUUUGUUUUAUAGACUUCCCAUCCCAUUUUUGUUGGUGUUUUCCCCUCACCUCUAUGCUGCCCCCUGUCUUCCCUCUCUCGUAUCAUAAUCAUAGUACAAUGAUUUCUGUUGCUCAUAGUUCAAAUCCUGCUCACGAAUUCACCAUAUUAUAACAUUUCUUUAUAAAUAGUCUGAAAAAGACGUCUGUUCUUCAGUGAAGCAGUCAUUGUUAAGUUCCCUUAUUUUAGCUGUUAACAUUGCUGAUUCAGCAUAGUCCAUUACCUUGCUUAUCUAUUCUUCUUUGAUGGGAACUUCCUCAUCUUUCCAUUUCUGUGCAUAAAGAAUCCUGGCUCUUAUAGUUACAUACAUAAAAAAAACCUUGACCAUCAUUUUUUGAACUACAAAAAUGUUUUUAUUGGGGGAAAAUUUGCACUGAAAUACUGAUAGAUUUUCAUGAAGAUUUUUUUUUUAAAAAAAAAUCAAAUAUGUCUGCAGAAAUGUGGAGAACUGAAUUUAAGAUUGGGAAAAUAAGAAACUCAAAUUAACAGAUUCAUCCAUCUCUUGUGUGUCUCUUGGAAGAAGCCACUUCUGGUUUAGCCAUAAGUUCUGAACUGUGAGAGCAUUUGCAUUUUUUAAAAAACUUACACCUUAGGAAUCAGUAGCCUAGUAUUCCAGUUAUUAAUUUAUUGUGGUUGGGAGCCACUUUGUAGGUUCCACUGUAGAACUGAAAGGUGGGAUACACAUGUUUUAAUAAAAUAAAUAAAUUCAUUCACAUCUUAAUUCCAAAUACAUCAGCCAGCCAUAUCUGUGGGACAGGAGCCUCUAGACUCAGAAUGCAAAUCACAUACCGUAUUUUUCGCUCUAUAAGACGCACCAGACCAUAAGACGCACCUAGUUUUUGGAGGAGGAAAACAAGGAAAAAAAUAUUCUGAAUCUCAGAAGCCAGAACAGCAAGAAGGAUCGCUGCACAGCGAAAGCAGCAAUCCCUCUUGCUGUUCUGGCUUCUGGGAUAGCUGCGCAGCCUGCAUUCGCUCCAUAAGACGCACACACAUUUCCCCUUACUUUUUAGGAGGGAAAAAGUGAGUCUUAUAGAGCAAAAAAUACAGUACCCUCUGGUUGCCCCAGAAACAAUUUGAGGCAACCAUAGUAAUGGGGAACUGAUAGGCAGAUGUGCUGGAAGAUCCCCUGUUUUGAUUUUAUCACAAUAGCAAAAGUCCAGGCCAAACACCUUGCUGUUGGACUGUCUGUCUGGCAGAUGCCCACACUGUGACGAGUUUUUCAUUUUGCAUCCCAGCUUCUUCCAGAUAAAAAUGGAAAUACCUCUGGAGAGCAAGGUCUACCCAAUAGAUUCGGAGGAGGAAGAAGAGGGCAGCCACUGGGCUUGCAAGGAUUCUGCAAAUGAAGUUAUCUGCCCAUGGGAGAAUCUGAUAGAAGAUGGAAAAGCUGGAUAA